GGAGACUUCAAAAUGGUGAAGAGAAAGACUCUGAUAGGCAGCUAAGGUAAACAUGGUAAAGCACCAGGAGCUAUGUUAAAGGGACUCAGAUAGGCAGCUAAAGUACACAGGCCUAGAUGUUUAAGCACCUGAAGCAAUGCUCAAGCGACUCUGUAUUAAAAUUUGUCGCCGCCACUGACUCGAUUAUCGUCCUAGCAAAUCGUAGAAAUUUGAUAAUGGUAAUUAAUUGAUCUUUGAGCUUCUAAAAGUCUCUCAAUAAAUUUGCAGCAUAUGCAUAAUAAUGACAUAAAUUAAUUACGUAUAUAAUUAACCUAACAAUCCACUUCACGUUGUAGAGUUUUGAUUGCGAGAUCAGUGGUGUGCCGUGAGUAGGCCUAUUAAAAGUUAGGGAGAUUAACGUUUCGCCCCGACACAGUCCAGACCGAACCACUCCCCGAACGGUGGGUUGAGGUAACGCAACGCCUCCCCCGGAGAGGAAACAAAGCCGUUUUGACCCAUGUCCACACAACUCCCAGGAACGGUGGGAGAAAGUUAAGCUUGUGACUACUCCCGGAGUGGCGGCAAAGCCGUGCCACACCAAGGAACGUACGGUUCCCUGGGGGGUGGGGAUGGCAACGCAACAACAUCCCCGGAGAGGAAGCAAAGCUGUUCCAACCCUUCGUCCAGACCGCAAGACUCAUUGGGCAAGAGGGGUAGUGACGCAAAACUGUCCCCUCAUGAGUGGAAGCAAACUGCCCUAAACCCCGUUACUCAAGGCCGAGUUGCAUGCCCGGAGUCCCCAGGAACUACUAGGCUAUGUUUCACGGCCAGAGGUCCUAAAGGAUAGAAUCUCGACCUCAGAGUAUUAAUCUUCAUUAGUAAGAAACUGAAGGAACAUUAGCUCACAUUGCACGUGGCAAAAAACGAAACAAAGCCCCCCCCCCCCCCCCCCCCCCCCCCCCCGCCCCCCAAAUACGACGAGCAGAAGCAUUUUUUAGAGGAUUAAAUAAAUUCCCUUUUCCCGGGAAACACGUCGACUGGUCACAUCAAUAUCCCCUAACCACUGGUCACAUCAAUAUCCCCUAACCACUGGUCACAUCAUUAUCCCCGCCCACUGGUUACAUCAAUAUCCCCUAACCAAUGGUCACAUCAUUAUCCCCGCCCACUGGUCACAUCAAUAUCCCCUAACCACUGGUCACAUCAUUAUCCCGGCCCACUGGUUACAUCAAUAUCCCCUAACCACUGGUCACAUCAAUAUCCCCUAACCACUGCUCACAUCAUUAUCCCGGCCCACUGGUUACAUCAAUAUCCCCUAACCACUGGUUACAUCAAUAUUCCCUAACCACUGGUUACAACAAUAUCCCCUAACCACUGGUUACAACAAUAUCCCCUAACCACUGGUCACAUCAUUAUCCCCGCCCACUGGUUACAUCAAUAUCCCCUACCCACUGGUCACAUCAGUAUCCCCCCACCACCUAUAUUUUUUUUUUAACUUCCUCAUAUAAAAAAAUAUUUGAACUUCAAGAUUUUUCAUAACAAAUAUGCCUAACUUGAACGUUGCAUAUUUCUCCUGUAGUUGUAUCUGGAUUCAUCUCUCAAUAAAAGAAUAAGUGAACGAUUUAACGUUUGAUUGAGGACCCAGUUUAAUGAAAUAAAAUUGAUAAAUAUUAAAUCCAUAAUUGUACCUCAUGGAACAUUUUUUUUUGUUGUAACCUAUAAGUGAUUUGUUGAAACUAAGUUUAUUUUAAGGGCUCCCCCCCCCCAAACCCCCAUUCCCCCAAAUGAGAAUUACUGAUCUCAGGUGAGCUGAGUUUGUAAAUAUUUUUACCUGACAAACUAUUGAAACGAUUGUGAAUCUUAAAGCAUGUCAGAAUUUUCCGGCUGAAGCAACGCUCCACAGAUACUUGUGUGUCGAGGGUCCCUAGCAGAUUGAAGCUCUAAACAUCUUGUCUUUUUGAAGAACCCGUACACUUUAAGAGGAAUGUCUCUCGAGAACUUCUCAGCACGUAAGUAAAAUAUAGCACGGAUUUAUGGAGGCCUUUGGGAGUACAGAAAUGCCACACUGACAUAUACAUAUCAUACGCCAAUCAUAUUCUACACCUACCAUGGCAUGGCACAUCAUACAUCUACCACGACAGGGCACAUCCUACACUUACAAUGGCAAGACACAGUCUACACCAAACACAGCAGGUCACAUUCUAAACCUACCAGAGCUGGGCAAAUGCUACAUGUACCACGACAGGGCACAUCCUACACUUACUAUGGCAGAACACAUUCUACACCAAAAACAGUAGGGCACAUUCUGCACCUACCAUGGCAGGGCGCAUCAUACACCUAUACCACGACAGGGCACAUCCUACACUUACAAUGGCAGGACACAUUCUAAACCUACCAGAGCUGGGCAUAUCCUACACACACCACAGCAGGGCAUAUCCUACACAUACAACAGCAGGGCAUACCCUACACCUACCACAGCAGGGCACACCAUGAGCCUACCACGAUAGGGCACAUCCUACACCUACCACAGCAGGGCACACCAUAGAUCUACACAUACAUCAUAGCAGCCUCGGUACACUGGGUCUCACCAAUAAGAAAGACGAAGCCAGGAAGACUCCAGGGAAAAUGUUGCCAAAAAGACCUGGAGGUGUUGGAUAUUCAAAUAGACCACGCAUGAAACAAAGUUGAAAUCAGUUGUUUCCCAAAUGCACUCUCGGUACGGAAGCAACAAGAACAGAAAUGUUGGCGUCUGAGUCCAGUUCACGAGUGCCGGCUAAAUAAUUUAACCAUCUAUUAUCAAAUGUUCCAUCAUAUACUCGAAUUUCUUUGAUUACACUUAAUUCAUACAGAAAACCUUUUUUCAAAUAUUUUAUUAUCAAAAUUAUCGGGGCUUUGCUCAUUGGACUAUUUUCAAUUCGGCACUUAAGAUUUCGAGUGGUUUACCUUUCGUGUUGAUGGCUCAUUUUUGUCUGGUAAUAUAUUACAAAGGUAAUACAAAUUACGCCACAACUAGACAUUUACCUAUAAAACAGUUGUACUGCCCUUAAUUAACAAAUGGCUGCCAUGUUGUUGUAGUUGUUUUGUGAUUAUUUUUAUUUUCGUAUUUUUUAUUUUUUUAAAAACUCUUCCUGGCGUCUGCUCUGCAGAUCCGUCGGCUGUGCUUCUGAUCAGCGACGAGGAGCGAGCAGCUCUGGGGAAAUUCAAGUUGGAAGAGGAUCUGUCCGACUCCUCGGAGAAAUCCGCACAUUCGACUCCACCUGUAGGUAUCAGUGUAUGGGGUUCUAAAAUUGGUGGCUUCGAUUCAACCGUUGCUUUUCAGUAUUAAAACAGUCAAAUAGUUUAAGCGUCAAUGGCUCCCUCGCACACACAUACACACAAGUACGCACACACACGCAAACACACACACGCAAACACACACACAUGCAUACUUUUCAACGUUUUCAAAGUUCUGAUAUAUUUUGUCUGCAUCUUUCCAAUCUAGUCAGAUAUGUAGUGAUCAUGUCAUCAUUGUAGUGAUUAUUAUAUCAUUGUAGUGAUCAUUAGAUCAUUGUUGUAAGCAUUAUAGCGUUGUAGUGAUCACCAUAUCAUCAGUGUCAAUAAAAAUUAAUUCGCUUGAUAUUUUAAUUUUUUCUUCAACUCUAUCUCUUACUACGUUACUGCUUUUAUUUCACACCUCACGAACUGAUAUUUUCUUAUUUUUGUGUCCUCAGGUUGUUGUCUUAAAGCAUAAAAAGUUAUUUAUAGGACCGCCAAUACCAAGUAAUGUAUAUAUAUAUAUAUAUAUAUAUAUAUAUAUAUAUAUAUAUAUAUGUGUGUGUGUGUGUGUGUGUGUGUGUGUGUGAACAAGUAGCAGUCUAGUCUAUGAUAUGUAGGGUUAUAAUACUCUUUCCCUUCACGACGCUCUUUCGUUUUUAUAUAUAUAUAUAUAUAUAUAUAUAUAUAUAUAUGUGUGUGUGUGUGUGUGUGUGUGUGUCUGUGUUUGUGAACAAGUAGCAGUCUAGUCUAUGAAAUGUAGGGUUAUGCUACUAGAUCCGAUGAUUGUAUAAAAAAACUAAAGUGAGAAUGAAAGCUCUGACAGUCUGGCUCACCGAAAGUGUCUAGUUAUUUAUGGUCCAAAAGUCUCAGCAAAUAAACAAAAGAUCACAAAGUGUCUUGUUUCUUAUGGUCCAAAAGACUCAGUGGACAACGGGCGUCAGAACACAAAGUGGCCGACCAAAUAACAGGGGUCAGAACGCAAAGGGGCCGUCCAAAUAACAGGGGUCAGAACGCAAAGUGGCUGUCCAAAUAACAGGGGUCAGAUCGCAAAGUGGCCAUCCGAAUAACAGGGGUCAGAUCGCAAAGUGGCCAUCCGAAUAACAGGGGUCAGAUCGCAAAGUGGCCGUCCAAAUAACAGGGGCCAGAUCGCAAAGUGGUCAUCCAAAUAACAGGGGUCAGAUCGCAAAGUGACCGCCCAAAUAACAGGGGUCAGAUCGCAAAGUGGCCGUCCAAAUAAGAAUAAUGUUAGGAGGCUGUAACUCUACCAAGGACACUUUUGGGAGUCAAACUCUCAGAGCCAACCAUUCUCACUUCAAACUCUCAGAGCCAACCAUUCUCACUUCAAACUCUCAGAGCCAACCAUUCUCACUUCAAACUCUCAGAGCCAACCAUUCUCACUUUAGUUGUAUCAAUGAUUAAUCUGGAGGGAAGUGAAAGGACAUUAACCUGGAGGGACACGCACUAAAUUAUAUGGUGAACGAUCUUUCUCUUUCUGCGCCCCCAAACAAUGGAAUUCUUUGCCACUACACAUCCGCAAUAUAACAACCACACAGGCCUUCAAAACUGCACUCAAAACACAUCUAUUUAUGGGUUUCCUUGUAAAAAUGUCUGGUGUGGGUGGAUGAAUAUACCUAUGGUGUUGUUUUGCUUAUAUGUUGUUUUUAUUUCAUUUAUGUAUUUUAUUUUAAUAUUAUGAUUAUGCCUCUUUGCUAUAUUUAUGUACAGCGUGGUGAGCCCAGCCCUAGGCCGGGGUACCGCGCUAUAUAAGACCACUUAUUAUUAUUAUUAUUAUUAGGGAAGUGACAGGACAUUAACCUGGAGGGAAGUGUCAGGACAUUAAUCUGGAGGGAAGUGACAGGACAUUAAUCUGGAGGGAAGUGACAGGAUAUUAACCUGGAGGGAAGUGACAGGACAUUAACCUGGAGCGAAGUGACAGGACACUAACUUGGAGGGAAGUGACAGGACAUUAACCUGGAGGGAAGUGACAGGACAUUAACCUGGAGGAAAGUGACAGGACACUAACCUGGAGGAAUGUGAAUGGAUUAACCUGGAGGGAAUUGGCAGGACAUUAACUUGGAGGGAAGUGACAGGACAUUAACUUGGAGGGAAGUGACAGGACAUUAACUUGGAGGGAAGUGACAGGACAUUAACUUGGAGGGAAGUGACAGGAAAUUAACCUGGAGAGAAAUGACAGGACAUUAACUUGGAGGGAAGUGACAGGACAUUAACUUGGAGGAUUAUUGGUUUAUAGUUUCCUAAAGUACUAACAGUCACGUGGCCAGAAAAUAAUGGCCAAUGUAUUUUGAAUUGAUUUAGACGAGUUUUACAGAAGAAUUUUAGCUUAAAUCUUUUAUAAUGAAGGUGACCAAACUAAUUGGCCCCUUGGAGGAGGGGGUGAUUUGAUGAAGGUAUACUUAUGGCACAACUUACUUUAAUCAACCUUUAUAUUUAAUUAAUCCUCUGAUGCCAGAACACCGAGAUGGAAUGGGCAGAUACGUACCCUCUUAUCAAGGAAAGCCACUGUCAGCACAGGGUAAGUCAACUAUGCCAGUGGGCACACACAGAGCAGAGUAGUCAACUGUAGUAGGGGUCACAGAUGGUACAGGGUAGUCAAGUGUGCUAGUGGCCAUUGUCGGUACAUGUUAAGAAAACUAUACCAGUGGCCAUGCAGUAUAUGUAGCAUAAGUAGUAUAUGUAGUGUAUGUAGCAUAUCUAAUAUGUGUAGCAUAUGUAGUAUAUGUAGUAUAUGUAACAUAUGUAGUAUAUGUAACAUAUGUAGUAUAUGUAGUAUAUGUAGUAUAUGUAGUAUAUGUAACAUAUGUAGUAUAUGUAACAUAUGUAGUAUAUGUAGUAUAUGUAGUAUAUGUAACAUAUGUAGUAUAUGUAACAUAUGUAGUAUAUGUAGUAUAUGUAGUAUAAGUAGUAUUUGAAAUGUACUGAAGAUGUUGUCCGGGGACAAAGACCCCCCCGCUUCUCCCCUCCCAUACCAGUGACGUGAACUAAGCAUCAAGUACAUAAGAUCCCAGAAUUCAUUGCAUAAUAAUGAAACACGUGACCGCGCACCAGGCUGUCGUUUUUGUGUUGGCUCUAUCAGCACGUCUAUCAGCACGUCUAUCAGCACGUCUGUCAGCACGUCUAUCAGCACGUCUCUUAGCACGUCUAUCAGCACCUCUAUCAGCACGUCUAUCAGCAUGUCUAUCAGCACCUUUAACAACCCCUCUUUCAUCAGCACCUCUAUCAUAAGACCCUUUAUUAGCUACUCUAUCAUCAGCCCCUGUAUUCGCACUUUUAUCAGUACAUAUGUCAGCACCUCCAUCAGCACCUCUGUCAGCACCUCUAUCAUCCCCUCUAUUCGCAAGUCUAUCAGCACUUCUAUCAGCACUUCUAUAAGCACCUCUGUCAUCACUUCCAUCAGCACCUCUAUCAGCACCUCUACUUGCACUUCUCCUCCAACACAAAUUUUAUUCCGCCAUCUGUUUUUGUAUUCACUAUCCGGGACUAAUACGAAAAUAGAACCUGCAGCUUAGAGACCGACCGAAAGGGAUUUUCUGAUUUUGGCCGAAACCGAAACCAGAACCGAAAGUUUAAAAUGACUUUCGGCCAAAACUGAAGCCGAAACCAAAAGCUUAACGAGACUUUCGGCCGAAACCGAAAGAUUUUAAAAUGUGAAAUUCUUUUUUUAAUUUUUUUUAAAUCGGGAAUACGAAUUGAAAAACAUCUCUAUUGAUUUUUUUUUGUUUUUUACCAUUUGAAUCAAAAAUAAUUUUAGUUGCCUAAAUGUAUUUUAAAAUAAUAUGGUAUGAGCAGUUAUCUAAGGGGUGGGGGGAAUUCAUGCAAAAUAGACCCGUGGCUGCCCUUUGAUUUUUUAAUAUAAUUACAGCGCUAUCUUAUAAUAUUUUUUAUCGAUCGCAAGCCCAGCGUAUGCAUGUCUAAUUGGUAUGGUUCACUGAAAUAUCCAGACGUAAGCCUUGAAGGAGCACUUUGUUCCGCUAAGCCAUAGUAUUUCUUGAAAAUACGCUUUCUUAUUGGUCGGCAUUUAAUGUUUCAUUUAUCUACAAUUGCUAUUUAUCGGCUAUUUUUAUAUUUGACCAAGGUCAAACAGAAGUCAAACGAAAUUUGAACUACGGUUAGCAUGGUAAUACAGUACCGUACCUGGUUACACUAGAACUCCCAAUAGAGUACAAUACAGUAUCAGAAUAGUACUUUACCAUCUCAAAAUCUUACACUACCGUAUUGUAACAAUAAAUGAAUGAGCAAUAACUAUUGACAUGGCAUGUUUAAUAAACGUCACUUCUCAAAGUAGAUGAGUGACGUUCAAAUAUUUAAAUACAGUGCAUUAAAUGAAAAUAAAGGUGUACCCGUCCUUUCCCCUUUUUGAUAGACGAAGAUGUGGUGGGGGGGGGGGAGCCGAAAAAGAGCGCACCCGCUGAAGUCAGCCUAAAAAAAGUAGGGGGUGGGGUUUGUUGAGGAUUCCCCUUUUUGAUAGACGAAGAUGUGGUGGGUGGGGGGGGAGCCGAAAAAGAGAGCACCCGCUGAAGUCAGCCUAACAAAAGUAGGGGGUGGGGUUUGUUGAGGAGGCUGACCCCAGACCCCAAAGAUUUUUUUUUUUUUAAAUUCAAAACGCCGGGCUGCACUCGUGUAUACCUUAUUAUAAUUUCGCAUCCCUCUAGACUUAAUCGUAAUCCUUGUAACAAAAUAGCUUCCCCUUACUUACCUCGCUUUGUCUACAUAAAUCCGUUUUUAUUUUAGUAGUUGAUAAAUACAAUUUUUUAAAAUUUAUGACGUAUUUUAACAUAACGUAUAUAGAUAUAACAAAAAAUGUGCCUUAAAAAAUGUACCGUAAAUUAAAAUAAUCGCUAUUUGAAUGACGAUUAAAAGUUCAUGUGGGAUGUACCCAGUGGGCUACAUCAUUAAACUUGACGGGCCGAGAGUUACCCACCCUUGCAUUAAGACAAGAAGCCUGAUUUUAUUUUCCAUACAACAUAUUGUCUAAAACUACCGCAAGAUGAGUUGGGUACAAGGGCAGAGAAGGGGGGGGGGGGACCCAAACCAGGCGUAUUAAAAUUGUGCCGCUUCCUAAGUGAUUUAAAAAAAUGGGAUUUCAAAUGCCGGUUACUAAAUCUUGUAGAGUAUGUCAAAAUCUAAACGCUACUGUGCUGACCGGUUGAGAAUGCAAUUUUAAAAAAAAAAUAUUUUAUCUUGAGAAAAGGGAGCACCGAUGCCAAGCGGAUGAUGACAUUAAAAUCAUCCCAUGCGAUGUGCACGUCCGUCAAGGUAGCACGAUUAGGAUGCCAAGCGGAUGAUGACAUUAAAAUCAUCCCAUGCGAUGUGCACGUCCGUCAAGGUAGCACGAUUAGGAUGCCAAGCGGAUGAUGACAUUAAAAUCAUCCCAUGCGAUGUGCACGUCCGUCAAGGUAGCACGAUUAGGAUGCCAAGCGGAUGAUAACAUUAAAAUCAUCCAUGCGAUGUACACGUCCGUCAAGGUAGCACGAUUAGGAUGCCAAGCGGAUGAUAACAUUAAAAUCAUCCAUGCGAUGUGCACGUCCGUCAAGGUAGCACGAUUAGGAUGCCAAGCGGAUGAUGACAUUAAAAUCAUCCAUGCGAUGUGCACGUCCGUCAAGGUAGCACGAUUAGGAUGUCACAGUAGAUUAGUCAAUGGGACAUCCAGAUAUGACGUACGCGAAAAAAAACAACAACAACUUAGUUAAUGUUCUUUCCAGCACCUUGCCAAAGUAAGGGGCAGUCCAUAUGUUACGUAUGAAAAUAGGAUUCAUAUGACAAUCUAGGAAAAGGGGGGUGGGGGUGUCACCAAACAGUAUCCACAUUAUCAUAACAGUCUCUGCACACGUGUGUUAUUUCGUCAGUAACGACGUUUACGAGCAGGAUAAUGAAGAAUUUUAAGAAAUGAAAGAAUUGAAUAAGCCUAAGAUUCCUUAAUUUUAUUUUUUAAAAAUAAAACACAAAAAUAAUCUUAUAAACACUACCAUUCCCGUAGUUUUUCUUCCACAAAACUAUUUCUUUUUCUUCUAUAUCUUAAGGGCCCACGAUCAAUUUAUUGAUCAUUUUGGCUCCUAUGCAUGUAGAUGGGAUUUGCAAUGUUUCUGUUCCUGGUGUUGAUGAGGAAAUUUCACUGAUUUCCUAUGCCACUUUGUGAGGGAAUCAUGCACUGGGGGUUUGAAGGCUUGAGGCAAUAUUCUUGUACCGUCCAUCACUACUGCUUGGCAUCGGUGGCUGAGGAAGCUAGAGAUCCAUGUUUUAGUGGUGCCUUUGAUCCCAUAUCUCUGGAGUUUGUGUAGAAGCAUUACAUUUGCCUCGGCCUAAAUGAAAUUCAAUUUUUCGAAAUGAGGGACUAGUAGGUCAACAUGCAGCUGUGAGCAGUUUUCGAAGAGGAUUCACCAUAUAACAUACGAUGACAGCAAGACGUCCGGCAAUAAUAAUAUCGGAUUGUCGGCCUAGAGACAGACAGCCUGCCUUUUCGUAGAUGACCAAAAACAUCAAUCACUUUCUGCCACAUGGCCGAAAGUCUCAAUCACUUUCGGCUGAAACCGAAAUAAAACUGAAUGUUGAAUUUUCCGUUUCGGACGAGACCGAAAGUAAGUCGAAAGUGAUGAAAUAGCAGCUUUCGGCACCGAAACCGAAGCCAAAAUCGGUCGGUCUCUACUGCCGCUUGUUCCAUGGCAUAACUUCAUAGAAAUGUCAGUUUUGCGCACCGGUGAAGGAAAGAGUUAGAUAUCACAGUUAUAAAAUACACAUAAUGUUGAUACAAAAUGCAUGCUGUCUCUUUACAGAUGAGCCAACUCCUGGCCCUGCUGACUACGUCGGGGACUACACUGUAUUUACCCACAAGUUCCCCAUCUACUCACUCGGCGAAAGACCAGCAGAGGCAAAAAGAAGUAAGGACUGAAUUCAUUAGAUAAAUGUUUGUGUACAUCAUUUAGCUGUUGUGAAUGUGCUAAAUGUACAAAAUUUAAUUGUUGUGUAUGUGCUGAAAGUACAAAAUUUAAUUGUUGUGUAUGUGCUAAAUGUACAAAAUUUAAUUGUUGUUUAUGUGCUGAAAGUACAAAAUUUAAUUGUUGUGUAUGUGUUGAAAGUACAACAUUUAGCUGUUGUGAAUGUGCUAAAAGUACAAAAUUUAAUGGUUUGUAUGUGUUGAAAGUACAACAUUUAGCUGUUGCGUAUGUGCUGAAAGUACAACAUUUAGCUGUUGUCAAUGUGCUGAAAGUACAACAUUUAGCUGUUGAGUAUGUGCUGAAAUUACAACAUUUAGCUGUUGAGUAUGUGCUGAAAUUACAACAUUUAGCUGUUGUCAAUGUGCUGAAAGUACAACAUUUAGCUGUUGUCAAUGUGCUGAAAGUACAACAUUUAGCUGUUGUCAAUGUGCUGAAAGUACAACAUUUAGCUGUUGUCAAUGUGCUGAAAGUACAACAUUUAGCUGUUGUCAAUGUGCUGAAAGUACAACAUUUAGCUGUUGUCAAUGUGCUGAAAGUGUUGAUUUUGUUCUUCUGUUGAAUGUCUUUGAAUGUCUUGAUGUGUUACAAUAACACUUGUUGAAGGUGUUAAUGAUAUUUAACGCCUGUAGAUGUUGUAAGGUGUCGUGGCCCAUUUCAGAGAAAACCUUUUCAAAUGUUAACUAGAGAUGAAUAGAAAUAGUGCUGCAAUAAUUUAACUUUCAACUUCAAAUGUACAGACAAUGCUAUUAUAUUGUGUACUGUACAGACAGUGUUAUUAUAUUGUGUGAUGUACAGACAAUGUUAUUAUACUGUGAGAUCUACACAGCUAUCCUAUUGUGUACUGUACUAUGUUAUCAUAUUGUGUACUGUACUAUGUUAUCCUAUUGAGUACUGUACAAUGUUAUCCUAUUGUGUACUGUACAAAGCUAUCCUAUUGUGUACUGUACAGAAAAGGGCUACCCAGCACCAAAUAAGUACAACAUGAUGAGAACGUUUGACUGGGGGAGAUGUAAAGGGAUAACGCUCAAGAAACGAGUUUUUCCCCCUGAUAAAGGUACGAGUUUUGUAAUACACGAUUCUACUACUUUCUUUAAUCCCUUUAAAUUACCAUUUACAUUGCCUUAUAUAUUGUCGUGUAUAAUUUCAUUUAUAGCGUCAAUUAUACUUUCAUUUAUCCAUAAAUGCCGUUUGACAUUCAUCGACUUAUCCAGGACUCCUGACUCCCGCCUCAGCAGGACGUCGUUGGCACUUCCAUGACCGUCACACGUGCGUCAGCUGUGGCGAUCAACACAACGUUCAAUCAUCGUUAUCCGUGAAUCGAUCGUAUCGAUAAUCCAGUUAUCCUUCUGUCUAUUCACAGACUCUUUGACAUUGAUAUCGUUUGGGUUUACAUCAAUAUGUAUGAAUAAAUAAAUUAUAUAUCAAUCCAAUAAAGGUUUAUAGGCCGUGGAACCUUUAUUUCAAACCUAUUUACGUAUUUAUCCAUCCAACUAUCAUCUGUUUAUCAAUCCAUCCAUCCAUGCAUAAUCUUUUAUUCAUCCAUCGACCCAUCCAGCCAUCAAUGGUUCAUCCAUACAUCUAUCACAUAUUUAUCAAUUCAACACUCAUCAACUGCUUAUUCAUUAUCUCUUUUAUCUACAACCUAUCCAUCCAUUAACCGUAUGUUUAUCUAUGCAUCCAUUGACCUAAGCAUCUAAUCCUCAAAACCAACUCCUGCACCGCUCUGUCACUAAAGUCACAUCAUGUAUGUCAUAUGUCACUAACAUCACAUCAUCUAUGUCAUCUGUCACUAUCGUCACAUCACGUAUGUCAUCUGUUGCUAGUGUCACAUCAUGCAUGUCAUCUGUCGCUAACAUAACAUCAUGUAUGGCAUCUGUCGCUAACAUCACAUCAUGUAUGUCAUCUGUCACUAACGUCACAUGAUGGAAAUCGUCUGUCGCUAACAUCACAUCAUGUAUGUCGUCUGUCACUAACGUCACAUCAUGUAUGGCAUCUGUCGCUAACAUCACAUCAUGUAUGUCAUCUGUCACUAACGUCACAUCAUGGAAAUCGUCUGUCGCUAACAUCACAUCAUGUAUGUCGUCUGUCACUAACAUCGCAUCAUGUAUGUCAUCUGUCGCUAACAUCACAUCAUAUAUGUCGACUGUCACUAACGUCAAAUCAUGUAUGUCAUCUGUCGCUAACAUCACAUCAUGUAUGUCGUCUGUCACUAACGUCACAUCAUGUAUGUCAUCUGUCAUUAUCGUCACAUCAAGUAUGUCAUCUGUCACUAACAUCACAUCAUGUAUGUCAUCUGUCGCUAACAUCACAUCAUGUAUGUCGACUGUCACUAACGUCACAUCAUGUAUGUCAUCUGUCGCUAACAUCACAUCAUGUAAGUCGUCUGUCGCUAACAUCACAUCAUGUAUGUCAGCGCUCACUGAUCAACAUUACAAUCCAAGAAAAUGCCGACGUGAGAAAAUAGCAUUCUCAUGUUCGUAUACCACUCCCAUGUUCUUAUUAAAUUCCCAUGUUAUUAUAGCAUUCUUUUGUUCUUAGAGCAUUCCUAUGUUCUUAUUGUCUUCUCAUGUUCUUAUAGAUCUCCAAUGUUCGUAUACAUCUCCCAUGUUCUUAUUAAAUUCCCAUGUUAUUAUAGCAUUCUUUUGUUCCUAGAGCAUUCCUAUGUUCUUAUUGUCUUCCCAUGUUCUUAUAGCACUCAAAUGUUCGUAUACCACUCCCAUGUUCUUAUUAAAUUCCCAUGUUGUUAUAGCAUUCUUUUGUUCUUAGAGCAUUCCUAUGUUCUUAUUGUCUUCUCAUGUUCUUAUAGAUCUCCAAUGUUCGUAUACCACUCCCAUGUUCUUAUUAAAUCACCAUGUUAUUAUAGCAUUCUCUUGUUCUUAGAGCAUUCCUAUGUUCUUAUUGUCUUCCCAUGUUCUUAUAGCACUCUCAUGCUCUUGUAUAACUGGCAUGUCUUAUAGCAUUCCUAUGUUCUUAAAGCACCCCGAUGUUCUUAUAGCACUCACAAGUUCUCAUAACAUUCCCAUGUUCUAAUAGCAGUCCCAUGUUCUUAUAACAUUCCCAUGUUCUUAUAGCACUCACGUGUUCUUAUAACAUUCCCAUGUUGUUAUAACAUUCCCAUGUUGUUAUAACAUUCCCAUGUUGUUAUAACAUUCCCAUGUUCUUAUUUUUGUUGCCGCCAUUAAACAGACACUAAACUAUUACCUGGACCCGCCAAUUAUGCACCAUCACGUGACAUCAGCACUGGUCCCAAGUACUCGAUAGGACUUAAACAGGACAAGGUGAUCCCAGGCUUGAUGAGCAGACUCGCUCAGAUUAUAGGUAUGUAACUGUUCUUCGAGUUGUUCCAAUACAACGUCUACCUAUUGCAUUUGUGCUAUCACGCAUGGACUAUUGCAAUGCUCUCAUGGUGGGUCUUCCAGCUACGCUCCUGGAUAAAAUUCAAAUAGCACAGAAAAAUGCGGCUCGCAUAGUUCUCCGCAAACGCAAAUUCGACCAUGCAAAAACACUUCUGAGAGAGUUGCAUUGGCUGCCGGUGCGUGCUCGCAUAGAGUACAAAAUCGCAACUUUGUGCUACCGCUGCUUACAUGACCUGGCGCCGUCCUAUCUGAAAGAGCUGCUGACGCCUUAUGUACCCAGUAGAGAGCUCCGCUCAUCCGAUAGUGGCAAACUCUCGACACCACGUGUUUGCCUUGAGACUUACGGAAAGCGCACUUUCGCAUUUGCUGGUCCAACAAUUUGGAACGCCCUUCCUGUCGAUCUUAGAAACAACCAGACACUGGAGUCCUUUAAAACAGAUCUAAAGACACAUCUAUUUCGCAAAUACCUUCUGGGAUGAUUGUCUACCUUAUUUUCCAUGUGUUGCUGUGUUGCUCCGGGUUGAAAUGGCUAGAAAGACUUUGAUAUUGUAUGCUUGUAAUUAGUUUUUGUAGUGUUGUGUUUGUUUUAAAUGUGGUGAAUUAUAGAUAUGUUUUUUGUUGACUUUGUACCGCGCUUCGAGCCUUUGGGGAUGAAGCGUGUUUUUUUUAAUGAACUUUAUUAUUAUUAUUAUUUACCUGACAGCGAUUUGUCAUAUGACAGUCGCUGUCAUAUGAUAAUUUCAGUCGUAUGACAUUUGCAGCCAUAUCUUGACAAGUCAUAUCCACAUAGCUUCAACGUAAACUUUUAAGAAUCAAAUUCCCCAUAAUUAGGACAUACCACCUGCUAAGAUAUUCUAAUGUAUCCCCACACAUGUUAUAUCCAUGUAUGCACACAGGUAUGACGUUAUAUCCAAUUAUCCACAAGGGUAUCCCUCUGCUCUAUGUGUUAAAUAUCGGGCCAGUAAAGCAAGUAGAAACUUUGGCGUAGUGGAGUCGAGUCAGUAUCAAUGUCUUCGAGUCAGUGACGGUGUGUUCGAGUCAGUGACAGUGUGUUCGAGUCAGUGACGUAGUGUUCGAGUCAGUGACAGUGUGUUCGAGUCAGUGACAGUGUGUUCGAGUCAGUGACAGUGUGUUCGAGUCAGUGACAGUGUGUUCGAGUCAGUGACAGUGUGUUCGAGUCAGUGACAGUGUGUUCGAGUCAGAAUCAAAGUGGCAUAGGUUAAGAAGAAGCAGCGCUAAAACAUGAAAUACUUUAAUGAAAAAUUAAUCGAUUUUACUUAAAUAGGUGUGUCUGAAUUAAUGAUUUAGUUGUUAGCAAUCAUUGGCGUAGUAAGGGGGUGAGCGGUGUGCCAUCCGCCUAUGGUGGACUUUUUUUGUUGUAGACACAACGAGGGGUGGAAUUUUCGUCCAACUGAAGAGGGAUGUGAGGGAUGCAACAAUCUUAAUCCACCCCGGAUGGCACUUAGCCUCGCUACGCCUAUGGCAGUUACCCUCACUACACCUAUAGCACUUCCCCUCGCUACGCCUAUGCACUUCCCCUCGCUACACCAAUGAAACUUAUCCUCGCUUCGCCUAUGGCACUUACCCUCGCUACACCUAUGGUACUUAACCUCGCUACGCCUAUGGCACUUACCCUCGCUACGCCUAUGGCACUUACGCUCGCUACACCUAUGGCACUUACCCUCGCUACACCUAUGGCACUUACCCUCGCUACACCUAUGGCACUUACCCUCGCUACACCUAUCGCAGAUAUAACUGUCGUUAAAACUAUUAAUAAUUUUUCAUUGAAUAAUAUCUAACAAUUUGUUAAGCUAUGUGAUUCUAAUAAUCAAGUUUGUCACCAGAGAACCCGAACCGUUCAGAAUAGUAGACUUGCUCUUAAAUCAACUAAGAUUACAGCUGUCUAUGCCACGGCUGCAAUCAACUUUGGUUUGAGUUGUCUAUCAUGGGAUGAUCUCGCUUUGACUUUUACUUUAUAUAUAAAGUGUUGAGCGAAAUGUUAACUUAAUUUAUUUUUAAAUAUGUGUGCGUUUGUCAACUACCUAAAUGUAGUUUAUACUAGAACACACAAGUCAUACGACAUUGUCAAAACAUCUUAUCAUUGCACAGUUUUAAUUCACUGCCACGUCACCUAUUUUACAGGACACACAUCUUGGCUAUUCUUUUGUUCCAGAAACUGAUUAGUGUCUUUAUUAUUUGUCUUUUCAAAAUGGGUCUCUAAAAGAUACUUACCCUUUCUUUCGGUAUUAUUUCAACUGAGUGCCCAAAGGCUAGGGCCCUUUAUUUCAACUGAAUGCUAUGAGCAUAAAGGCUAGGUCUCUUUGUUUCAGCUGAAUGCUAUGAGCAUAAAGGCUAGUUCUCUUUAUUUCAACUGAAUGCUAUGAGCAUAAAGGCUAGGUCUCUUUAUUUCAACUGAAUGCUAUGAGCAUAAAGGCUAGGGCUCUUUAUUUCAACUGAAUGCUAAGAGCCCAAGGACUAGGGCAGUUUCUAGAUGUUUAGCCGUGUUUUGCCACCCUAGGCGAUUAUGGAAAAGUGCCGCCCCUCAUUUUUGCUAACAUCACUUCACCCCCACACCCCGGGGUCGUCUAGGCUUGAAUAAUUACUUCAUUAGAUAUAAAAGAUCUUGUGUUCAACAUUAAAUAAUCAUUUUAAUUUUUUUUUAAUUUCCUCAAUUUCAUUACCCCCCCCCCUUCCUAAUUUUCUCAGUUCGUUUUGCUGUUUGAUUUAGUGCCCCCCCUAAAUUGUUUCCUAACUAAGCGACCACCUAUAGGCUUGAAUAAUUACUUCAUUAGAUAUACAAGUACUUGUGUUCAACAUUAAAUAAUCAUUUUAAUUUUUUUUUAAUUUCCUCUAUUUCAUUACCCCCCCCCCUUCCUAAUUUUCUCAGUUCGUUUUGCUGUUUGAUUUAGUGCCGCCCCUAAAAUGUUGCCUAACUAAGCGACCACCUAGUCUUGUCUAGCGCUAGAAACGGCUCCGAGAGAUCCCUAAAAUGUUGCCUAACUAAGCGACCACCUAGUCUUGCCUAGCGCUAGAGACGGCUCUGAGAGACCCCUAAAAUGUUACCACCCUGGGCUGCCGCCUAGUCUUCCCUAAUAGUAUAAACGGCCCUGCUAAGGGCAGCAAUCGCAUUGUCUUACCAGCGUCAUCGUUGUCUAUUCCCUCAGACCCCAACAACCCAGGUCCGAGUUUCAUCCCGCCUGAAGAUGACUGGUUGCAAAAGCCAAAGUCUUUCGGUAUCAAGCCGAAGAGUGCAAAGCCGCCAUCAGGGCCAGGUAGGGAUCUCAUCAUUAAAUUAUUCGGAGGGAAACACCUGGGAUAUAAGUACUGUAAGUUUCUGUUCGAUUCGAUCUAGUUUCUUCAAUGUGAACUAUGUGGCCUGGCAUGUCAAAGUAACUUCCUGACCUGGCAUCUCAAACUUCCUGAAAUGAGAUCUCAAAUUACCUUUCUGACCUGGCAUCUCAAACUUCCUGAAAUGUUAUCUCAAAUUACCUUCCUGACCUGGCAUCUUAACUAAUUUUCUGAGCUGUCAUCUGAAACUAACUUCCUGAAAUGUCAUCUCAAAUUACCUCCCUGACCUGUCAUCUCAAAAUAAUCACUAAGAUUUAGUUUAUCUCCCAUUUAUUAUUGUAUCUCACUAUGUGUAGAUUGUUUAAAACAACGGAACGCGUCAGAAAAGUACUUUUUUCUCCCCCCCCCCCAGGACCUGGCAAGUACAAUUUCCGAAGUAAAUUUGAUGGUCCGAAGUGGAAGCAUGGUUUGAGACUCCCCUCUGAUCGCAUUGAAGGUAAGAUAGUUUUCUUCGGCCCAUAAAGAAUGGUCGCAACAAAUGUUAUAUCAAUUUCACAGCCGUAACAAAAUGGUCGCAACAUAGGUAAUAUCAAUUUCAUCAGCCCUUAACAAAUUAGAAGUGGUUCAAGUUUUGACCAAACAAAUACAAACUAACUGAAAGCCCCGGACUGAGCUAAAUUAACACAUCAUCCAUUCACAACAAUUGUGCGCAAAGAUUCUAUUCAUGGACAUCAGUAUCUUACGGGGAAUCCCAUGGACUAUCACAAACGUUUAAGUAUGAAACCACUGAAGAGAUCACCUGUGUAUAGAGAGCCCAUUGGUAUGUAUAAUCAACUGGUAUAUGCAGUCCCCUGGUUUAUACGACAUUCCUUUAGUUUCACACAAUCCCCUGGUAUAUACAUUCCCUGGUAAUAAGGGGGAGAGACUGCAAUCAGGUUAGACAAAAAGGAAAUGAGUGAAAGAAAGUAUUUGGAAACCUACAACAAGGUACGCAACAAAACAACGAACAUGUCGACCGGAAGUCUUCGUCAGCGAAUAAACAACAGAAAUAACAGAAAAUUUUUUUUAAAAAGCAUUUAGCUGAAAAGUAGUGUCCGAGAGGACAGCAAACGAAUACAAACAUUCCCCUAUUAUGUACAAUCCCUGGUAUCGACAUUCCCCUGAUGAUACACAUUUCCCAAUUCACCAACUGCCGUCCACCAUGUGAUUCUGAGACCAAUUGAUCUGAAUCUUUUGCCUAGAUCUGCCGGGCCCAGCAUCGUAUGACAAUAAGCCUUCUAUUGGCGAAGGUCCCAAGUAUCACAUAGGAAAGGCGAUACCCAUAAGCCGAAAUAAAUGUAAGUGUAAAUUAUAGCUAUGGCUUUUUAAUGAUCAUAAACAAUGAUAUCCCGCUAUGGAAUUAAAGAUCUUGCUAUCGGCGGAUAAAUAUGUCAUCAAAUAUAUUUAUUGUUAACAUAGCAUAUAUAUUUUAUAUAUAUAUAUAUAUAUAUAUUGUUAAAAUAUUAUGUAUGUUCCGUAUUAUACUGUUUUUAUGUAUAGUUUUCUGAUUUGGAGUUCGAAUGGAUUUUUUUUUUUUAAACAAACAUAAAUGAAGAAUAAAUAAAGAUGAACAGAUAUUUUCGGGCGGCUAAUUGACCUAUCGAGCUGAAACUUGGGUCAUAGACUCGGUACCGAUGACAACACAUUCUAUCAAAUGUUUAGUCUCACUUCUAACUGCAGCACCCAACAAUAAGUUGUUCCUCUUUUUCAAGGGGAAUAUGAAGGGAAAUAUGAUAACACUGAUUUCACGAAAUAAAAUUCCCGAUAAUUGCGCUAAAUAAGAGUCUUUAGACAAAUAUCGCCAGUGCGUUCGGUGUGUGAUACUUUCUUUUUUGUUUCUUAAAUAGUUAGUUUAUAAAUAUGCCGUGUAAGAACAAAGUGGAUCAUAAGAAUAUUAAUAAAAAAAUAAUAUAAUAAAAAAUGAAUAAACAGCAUUUAUAGGAACAACUUUGUUGCUAAGGGUCGUUUAAUUGUUUAUUCCCCUUGAAAAAAAAAAGUAUUUUAAUCAUUUAAUUUAUAAUCAAGAUAUAUAUUUAUAUAAUGUUUGUUAAUUGAUUGCAUGAUUUCAAACAAAAUUCCAUGAAAACAAUCCAUUCACUUUUUUGUUUCCCUUCCUUUUUAAACAAUUUAAUUUUUCGUUCCUAUAGCAACGUUGUUAGAACCUGAAGGAGCAACUGUGUUUCUCUGGUAAUGACUUUGUCGAUUACUUAAUAUCCUCAGUUGUAAAACCAGAACUAGACGUUUGUCUCUCUGUUAAUGACUUUGUCUAUGGCUUUGUCUAUGACUUAACUUCCUCAGUUGUCACACCGGGACCGGACAUGUACAACAGAGCUGGGUUCAGGCUGGACGAGCCAGGUUACACACUGAAGUACAGGUGGUUUGACCAGGCCAAAAGUAAGUGGCCACAGGCGUUUGUGUGCGUUGGGGGAUGGUGGGAGAAACAGAGAUGGUAGAUCAGUGCUAGGAUGGGGGGCAGCUCCCCUUCCAUAUCCGUCAUUGUGAAACCUCGUACACUUUCAAAAAGUCCCUUAAAACCCAUCUGUUUCGGUCCGCCUAUGACCUGUGAUGCACCCUCCUUGCCCUGCCUCGUUUUCUGUCUCGGGUUGAUCCUGUAGUAUAGACCAAAACGUGCCAGUGUCCUCGUUUUAUAGCCAUUUUAAUUGUUUCUAUAGUAUAGUAGUUACUAUCCUAGUGUCUCAUUUUUAUUUUACUUAGUUUACAUGUUUUUAAUAAUUGUAAAGCGUUUAGAGCUUUAAGGUAAGCGCUAUAUAAAAAUGCCUAAAUAAAUAAAUACAUUUUAGGUCAGUACUAGGGUGGAAGGCAAGAGAGGAUGCAAGAGGAGACGGUAAAGUUUAGGGUAAAUCAAAAUUUCUAUAGUUUAGGUAUCUCAACAAAGUUAACAAGAUCCAUGCAAAUGAAAAAAAAAAUGUUAAGGAUAAAAAAAUAAACCAAAAAAAUAUAUUUUUGAGACUAAAAUAAGGUCAAGUAUCAGAUUUCAAGGGCGGGCGGAAUUGUUGUUACAUAUGUUUCAAUACCAACUGAUAUAUUGAUAUAAGAACUAAAACUAAGACCAUCGGUGAACGCUCCUUCUGCUUCCAUGGGCCCACGUUCUGGAACCAGCUCCCCUUCCAUAUACGUCAUAGUGAAACCUCGUUCAUUUUCAAAAAGUCCCUUAAAACUCAUCUGUUUAGGUCCGCCUAUGACCUGUGAUGCACCCUCCUUGCCCUACCUCAUUUUCUGUUUCGGGUUGAUCCUGAAGUGUCAAAGUGUCCUCGUUUUAUAGCCAUUUUCAUUGUUCCUAUAGGAUAGUAGUUACUAUCCUAGUGUCUCAUUUGUAUUUACUUAGUUUACAUGUUUUAAUAAUUGUAUAGCGCUUAGAGCUUUAUGAUAAGCGCUAUAUAAAAAUGCCUAGAUAAAUAAAUAAAUAAAUAUAUUGUGUUAUAAUACUAUUAAAUUUCCCUUUCAACGAUAAUACUACCAAUGAUGUAUUUUCACUAUGUAGAGAUCGUUUUCUUUGAUACUGCCAAAAAAAUGAUUGGAUGUUCAAAGACACAUUUACAAAGUAUGUUCGAUAGGCUUUAGAAGCAACUUUCCAUCACUUGUAUUCAUGAGCGCUGCUCUAUUUACUUAGGUGGAAUAAUCAAUCACUUGUAUUUAGGAACUAUACUCUAUUAACCUUAGGUGCAACUAUCGAUCACUUGCAUUCAGGAGCUGUACCAGAACCAAAACCAGAAAACUCAGUGCCGCUAGAUAGAGUUCGAAAAUGUAUCCCAAAAAAUCAGGGGCCCCGCACGUUGCCGUAGUAUAUUUAUAAUAUAUCUAAGCCUACUAAUAUUUCCUAAUCGCGUCAACACAAUAUUCGGAGUUAUUAGAUAGUCACGUGGUCAGAAGGUCAGUCGGGCUCUCAUACUAUCCCUUUGAGAUGAAUCUCGGGAAGACCUCAGGGCGCAUGUUAAGCAGACGAAAGGGAAUUUUUUUACUGUAUAAUAUAGACUAUAACGUGUCUUGAUAUCCUAUUGGCAGAAUAUAUAAGGUCAACGGCCCAGUAAAAUUCAAUUAGCCCAAGGUCCCGCACCCUCCUAGCGCCGGCCCUGCAAAAAUCAUCAAUUUCCUUUGCUACUGUCUGCCAUUGGUGGGGCUGGAUAUGGCAAAAAUAUCUUGAUCUCUUCUGUUAAUGUCCCAGACCUCAACCAGGUCAACGUACGUUUUUUACCUUUAUUUCAAUUGGUUUGUUUCCCAGAGAAAACCCCUGGGCCCAGCAGCUACCAUUGUCAUACUGACGCCAUCAAAGUCAAGAACCCUGCGUACAGCAUAAAGCACAAAUGCAAGACAACAUACCCCAGCUACAUCUACGCAGGAGGUGAGCCGACAAGACAUUGGGUUUGAGAGAUGUGUUGAAAUGCCACGUGAUAGUGCGAGAGUGGACGGAUAACUGACCAGACAUAGGAUGGUGAAGGUUGUUGACAAUGGAUUGGAUAGACGAUUCACGUGUAGUGGAUUGGAUAGAUAGAAGCACGUUUUCUGGAUUGAAUAGGUAGAGGCAUAUUUAUUUUGGAUAGAUAGAGGCAUCUUUAGCAGUAGUUGUACAUUUGGGAACUCUCCAAUCAGUACAGGUAUCCUCAAAAGACAUAGUCUUAGAUCAAUACAAAAUUGUCUAGAAGCAAAACUUCUUCAAGAAGGGCGCGCGAAACGAUGGGGUGUGGUCUGGGGCGUAAAUGGCCUGACCGAAACACUGAGUAGAGGGGGGAGGGGGCUAGAAGCCCUCAAAACAAUGCAAUCGAUAAUGUGUACCCGAAUGUUAACUUUAAAAGGACAUGUACUUUAACACUGACAUGGGGCAGAAUAGGGCGCAUAAUCUAUUGUCAAUAGGCACAGUUCAUAAACAGACAAUCCAAACAAGUCAAAAUAUUAGUUGACUACCUAAACACUACCUAAACCCUAUCAAACAGUUGAGCCAUGAGAGAAGCAUUGCUUAGGCAUAGAACGUAAACACUCCCUAGACCCAUGAGAGAAGGAUUGCUUAGGCAUAGAACGUAAACACUCCCAAGACCCAUGAGAGAAGAAUUGCUUAGGCAUAGAACGUAAACACUCCCUAGACCCAUGAGAGAAGGAUUGCUUAGGCAUAGAACGUAAAAACUCCCUAGACCCAUGAGAGAAGGAUUGCUUAGGCAUAGAACGUAAACACUCCCAAGACCCAUGAGAGAAGGAUUGCUUAGGCAUAGAACGUAAACACCCCCAAGACCCAUGAGAGAAGGAUUGCUUAGGCAUAGAACGUAAACAAACACUCGCAAGUUGUUGUUUUCGUGAUCAAAUAAUUUCACACAGAUAUCUGAACGUCAAAGAUUGAAGCUUCUGGUCAACCAAUUCGGCAUUGUUCAAGAAUACGUUAAUUUGUGUAUUGACUUAUUGAUUACCAGAUGUUAACUUUCGUGGAACAGUAUACGUAUGUAUCCAAUAUCUUAAGAACGCUACAGCGGUUCUUAUUCAUAAAACACGAAAACAAAUUGUAUAUAGCUCUCGUAUCGUGAUUCGUGAAAUAUGGAAACAUCACUUUCUCCGCCCAGAUUAUGAUUCACUGAAACUGUAGCUUGGGAUUACGGAAUUCACCGUGGGUGCCAAUUAAAAAAACCACAAAUCACUUGGGAACAUUGCCUACAUUGCAAAUUGUGAGUAAAACAGCUACGUUCGAUGUCCUUGCUACGCAAGUCAAGGCGUCAUGUGUAUAGUUAUCAGAGUCAUAUAUACAAUUUCAAAAUCACUGACCACUUAGCUAUCGAUUUUUAAAAGUAGCAUAUCAAUGUGUCCCAUUAAAAAUAAAAACACUUCAUUUCCGACAUGCGUUGUUGCAGAGUAUGCCCUCAAAGGUCCCGGGCCAGCUGAUUAUGACAUCUCAAGAAACGUUGAAAACAAAGGAAAGUCUUUUGGUGAAUCUCAUCGUACAGUUAUGGAGGACCCAAGUAAGUAGGUCAGGCUAUAGAGGACACAAGUAAGUAGAUCAGGCUAUAAAGGAGCUAUGUAAGUAUGUCAGGCUAUAGAGGACGUAAGUAAGUAGGUCAGACUAUAGAUGACCCAAGUAAGUAGGUCAUGUUAUAAAGGACCUAAGUAAGUAGGUCAGAGUAUAGAGGACGCAAGUAAGUGGGUCAGGCUAUAGAGGAGCCAAGUAAUUAGGUCAAGCUAUGGAAGACCCAUGUAAUUAGAUCAGUCUAUAGGGAACCCAAGUAGGUAGGUCAGGCUAAUCUACGUUCUGAAUCGGGUCGAAAUGAAUAUAAAAGCAACCAGGUCGGAUUAAUGAACGUUCUGAAGCAGGGACUAAGGAUAGGGAAGCCAGUAGGUUAGAUUAAAAAAGGCUCUGGUGUGGGUCGAAUUGAUAAGGAAGUAAGUAGGUCCGGUUAAACAAAUGUCUGAAUAGGGUCGAAAAGUUUUGGGAAGUAAGUAGGUCCGGUUAAACAAAGCUCUGAAGUGGGUCAAAAUGAUCGGGUUGUGUCUGCUUAAAGGAAAUGACGUUGUUGAGAGGCGGGUGUUGCAGGGACUGACAAUCCUGCACCGUGACGUCGCUCUUGGGGGCUGGGGGGGGGGCGCGAGUUACUCUAACGAUUCGUGACGUAGCCAAGCAAAACACUUAAGACUCUACUGGUUACUUAAUUCAUGGAAACUUGUGCUCAUCAUUUUAUUAGUUAUUUUGUGUGACUAAGACAUGUGAGAAUGGUGGUUUCGGUAAAGGACAGGAAAUGAUUUUUUUUUUUGUAAAGGAAAGUUGGGUACGGACAAAUCCAAUGGUUCUUUAAGAAAACUUUCGGGGGAAACUUGUUUCCCCAACCCCCUCAAAAAACAAAAACACCCCCCCCCUCUGAAACCCAUUAUUUUCCUCCAAUUUUUUUUUGUAAAGGAAAGUUGGGUACGGACAAAUCCAAUGGAUCUUUAAGAAAACUUUCGGGGGAAACUUGUUUCCCCAACCCCCUCAAAAAACAAAAACACCCCCCCCCUCUGAAACCCAUUAUUUUCCUCCAUGAAGUAACACCAACGCCCAUUUUUGCACCCUCGCUAGUCUGAUGACUGCGGGUAUCUCUGCCUCCUCUGCCUCCUUUAGAUACACCUCUGGUCACUGCCACUGCUCAAUUGAAAUAAGAAUCUGAAAUGCCCCUUUCCCCCCCCCCCUUCCCUCCCGUGGACAUUGUUUGAAAGAAUAACUGGACACAAGACAUGCUUGAUAUGAAAAUACUUACUACCAGAACAACAAGGUCACGUGGUUUGGUUGUACUGGAGUUUUUUUUUUUCCUCAAAUGCAAAGCAAAGUCAGCAAGUGGGAGAUGGAGAGAACGAGAGAGAGAGAGAGAGAGAGAGAGAGAGAGAGAGAGAGAGAGAGAGAGAGAGGGAGAGCGAAGGAGGGAGGGAGAGAGAGAGAGAAAAAAAAAAAAAACGGAGACGGAGAGAGGGAGAGAGAUAGAGAGAGAAGAGAGAGAGAAAGAGAGAGAGAGAGAGAGAGAGAGAGAGAGAGAGAGAGAGAGAGAGAGAGAGAGGAAGAGCGAAGAAGGGAGGGAGAGAGAGAGAGAAAAGAAAACAAAACGGAGACUGAAAGAGGGAGAGUGAUAGAGAGAGAAUGAACGAAAGAGAAGGUAGGAGGAGAUUAAGAGAGCGGCUGAGGAUGAAGGAGGAAUGUGGAGGAUAAUAUCGAUACCUAAUUAGAUGAAUGAAAACUUUAGGUUUAGCUGCAAAUGAGACCUGAACAAACAGAACUACAAAUGAGACCAGCACAAUUACAACUGCAAAUGAGACCACAAGAAACAGAACUGCAAAUGAGACCUUUACAAACAGAACUGCAAAUGAGACCUGAACAAGCAGAACUGAAAAUGAGACCUGAUGAAACAAAACUGCAAAUGAGACCUGAACAAACAGAACUGCAAAUAAGAACUGAACAAGCAAAACUGAAAAUGAGACCUGAUGAAACAGAACUGCAAAUGAGACCAGAUCAAACAGAACUGCAAAUGAUAUCUGAACAAACAGAACUGCUAAUGAGACCUGAACAAUCAGAACUAUAAAUGAGACCUGAACAAAACGAACUGCAAAUGAGACAUGAACAAAUAGAACUGCAAAUGAGACCUGAACAAACAGAACUGCAAAUGACACCUGAACAAGCAGAACUGAAAAUGAGACCUGAUGAAAAAAAACUGCAAAUGAGACCUGAACAAACAGAACUGCAAAUGAUACCUGAACAAGCAGAACUGAAAAUGAGACCUAAACAAACAGAACUGCAAAUGAGACUUGAACAAACAGAACUACAAAUGAGACCAGAACAAAUAGAACUGCAAAUGAGACCACAAGAAACAGAACUGCAAAUGAGACCUGAACAAACAGAACUACAAAUGAGACCAUAACAAAUAGAACUGCAAAUGAGACCAGAAGAAACAGAACUGCAAAUGAGACCUGAACAAAGAGAACUGCAAAUAAGACCUGAAAAAACAGAACUGCAAAUGAGACUUGAACAAACAGAACUGCGAAUGGGACUUGAACAAACAGAACUGCCAAUAAGACCUGAAGAAUCAGAACUGCAAAUGAGACCUGAACAAACAGAACUGCAAAUGAGACCUGAACAAACAGAACUGCAAAUGAGACCAGAACGAAAAGAAAUGCAAAUGAGACCUUUACAAACAACGUCAAAUAAGACAUUUACAAACAGAACUGCUGAUGAGAGUCGCAUAAAUAAAACUGCAAAUGAGACCUGAACAAACAGUAGCAAAUGAGACCGAAGCAAACAGAACUGCCAGAGGCAUACCUGGCAUAAAAACAUCGUUAAAGCCUAAUAGAAUAAUUCAUUAUGGCAUAACACAACGGUUGCUUUAACAACCAGACAACAGUUUGUCAAAGAAAAAAAACCCAAUCAACUCAGCACCAGCCCAGAACGAACCAAGUGCAUUUGCGCUGCUGCCCCUCCGUAAAAAAAAAUUACCUUCAUACCUGACCCACAUUUUAAACAAACUCCGCCACGAUUUAAGCUUGCCGUAUGUUACCUGGAUGCCUGAAGCAGUAAGUAAGUUAGGAUAAGUAAUGUUUCAGCCAUAUGGACAUAGAUUAAACAUGAUUUGAUUCAGCUCUCCUUGUCACACACGUCCGAUGUAAUUCUGCUGUGUGCAGUGCCAGAGUUCUGGAGCGCAGACCCGUAUACGAUCACCAGAUCUACUUACUUUGAUUUGAUGAGAGACUUGGUUGUUUCGUAGGAGGGCGUAAUUAACCAACAUCUAGUGUAUACCAAGGCUUCUUUACCGGUAUAUUUAAGAUAUUUGUACACUUACCUUUCGAUUCAUCUUGUUUCUCAUUACUGGAUACUUUUUUGCCAUUGUGCUCAUACAUUCAAUGAGGUUUACAUCCAGUGAGUGAGGCUUACAUCCAGUGAGUGAGGUUUACAUCAAGUAAAUGAGGUUUAUAUUGCAAGCUGAGGCUUUCUUCAUAUCCUAUUUAAUAUAACUCUUCAACGCUUUAGUGAGCGAUAACAGAUGGCAUUGGAUCUAAUGGGUGAAUUACUGUUAGAAUCACUGGAGCUACGAGUGCAGGAGAAAUGCCAAGAGUUAAAGAGUUUAAAUUAAGAAUAAGAGAUAAGUCAUUAAGCUCCACACAAAAAGGGGGGGGGGGUGGUGGUGGACAUUAAAGGACUGAUAACUCAAUUGAUUUGUUUUGCUGACGUAAGCGGACAGUCGUAUCUAGACAUGACCUGCUAUUUCAAGGAUUCUCAAACGAUUUGUAAAGUUAAACUUGGUGGGUUUUUUUUUGUUUUUUUUUUUUUAAAUUAUCUGGUAUUUAAUCUUGAAAAGUCAAAAUGGUUUAGGUCAUUGUGACAGACCCGUUCUUAGGCAUACGCUGACUACGCAUCUGCGAAGGGCCCCGAACGUGAGGGGGCCCCCGUGAGGCACCCUCGAUCCCCCGUUUUUUUUUUUAAAACUGGCACUGAAGCCGUCUGUGUCACUCACGUUACCUUCCUCAUCCUGAAAUGUAUCAUUCUGAGUUGAAUUCGGAGGCAGGGGAAGGGAAGCAGCAGGGGAAGCUUUGGGGGGGGGGGGGAUGGUGGCAGACAGGAAAUCGGGGGCUUGGCCGUGGGAAUGGGAAAGAGGAAACAUUGAUGAAGGCAGAAUGGAGGUGCCGCAGAGGUGGGUGGUGUUUUCUCCUCAGCUUAAGGGAGCUCCUCCCCCGACCCCCCUUCCGGGGCCCCCAACCUACGCUACAUGCCCCCAAACUCCUAAGAAUGGCUCUGAUUGUGGCAUUUAGUUGGCAAAGGACGUGAGGGCUUGGGAUAUGCUGCUGAAUUGUUUCACAAUUUGAAUUUAGAUCGAUUGUUUUGGAUAUGCGAUGAUGCUUUAAUAUAACACACGUUAUGCGAGUACGACUGCAUCCAAAAGAAGUUGACUCAUCAGUAAGAUAGCAUUACUGAUGCCACUGGACCAACUUUUUCAUCCCAGUCUGCAAUGAUUGAACGUAACAAAUGUGUCAUCCCAGUCUGCAAUGAUUGAAUGUAUCAAAUGUGUUCUCCCAGUCUCCAAUGAUUAAAUGUAUCAAAUGUGUCCUCCCAGUCUCCAAUUAUUAAAUGUAUCAAAUGUGACAUCCCGGUCUGCAAUGAUUGAACGUAACAAAUGUGUCAUCCCAGUCUGCAAUGAUUGAAUGUAUCAAAUGUGUUCUCCCAGUCUCCAAUGAUUAAAUGUAUCAAAUGUGUCCUCCCAGUCUCCAAUUAUUUAAUGUAUCAAAUGUGACAUCCCGGUCUGCAAUGAUUGAAUGUAUGAAAUGUGUCAUCCCAGUCUCCAAUUAUUAAAUGUAUCAAAUGUGACAUCCCGGUCUGCAAUGAUUGAAUGUAUGAAAUGUGUUAUCCCAGUCUGCAAUGGUUGCUUGUAUCAAAUGUGUCCUCCCAGUAUGCAACGAUGGAUUGUAUCAAAUGUGUCCUCCCAGUCUGCAAUCAUUGAAUGCAAUAUCUAAGCUAAAGCUCCAUUACAUGGGAGUUAUCAUGAAAUAUAAUAUAGAAUAUUUUUUUUUUCAAACUUGUGCAAGUCUCACACAGUUUGAGAACAGCUCUUGCCCUGAUAAAAGCUAUUUAUUUGACAGUGAUGAAAGUGAUGUGAAGGGAAUGAAAUCAGAUAUGACACUGUUGAUGAUCGGCUUGUAGAUGUCUGGUGGGAUGAGGUGGGGCAUUGACACGACCAGUGCUGCACUUGGGACUUGGCUGGAGAGCUGAAUGUCAGGGGAAGUUAUAAUUCGUGGCAAAUCACUUGAGGAAGGGCACAUCAUGUCAACCCAGAUCAUAAGUGUAGUGAGGAUAGCUAGAAACUAUACUUAAUGGAGGAUUACUUAAACAAAAUAUGAAGUAGUUAGAUGUGCAGAGGGGAUUUCACCAUUGUUCGACCAGUUCAGGAAAUUCCCCCUAGCUCAUCAUUCAGUCAACUUAUAGACACGGAUCAAAGUAAUAGAACUUGCUGCCCAUCACGUGAUCAACUUACAGAGAUAAACUGGGAGAUAACAUGCGCUCACUAGUUAACACAGGUGAUGGUUCACUAGAAAAUACGAGUGAUGGCUCACCAGUGAAUACGAGUGAUGGUGCACCAGUUAACAAGAGUGAUGGUUCACUAGUGAACACAAGUGAUAGCUCACUAGUGAAUACGAGUGAUGGUGCACUAGUUAACGUGUGUGAUGGUUCACUAGUGAACACAAGUGAUAGCUCACUAGUGAAUACGAGUGAUGGUGCACUAGUUAACGUGUGCGAUGGUUCACUAGUGAGCACGAGUGAUGAUUCGCCAGAAACCAAAGAGUACUCCAGAAUUUUCGCAGCUAGGAAGACAAGGAAUUCCAAAUCCCGCAUUGCACUGUUCAAGAUAUUUCUUGCUAAUUAUUUGUCUUCUUCCUUCAAAUCUUUUUUUCUUUCGUUCGACGCCUGAAGAUAAAUCACGAAGCGUGGGGCUAGAAAUCACGCCGUCUCUGCACGCUGCGUGGCGUCACGUCUCUAUAUUUAGCUACUUUGUGUGAUUGUAGAGAGUGGGGUGGUUUUUGUGGUCACGGCGCGUUGGACGCCAGUGUCUCGGCAGGACUAGUUUUCAAUCAAGCGGCUCAACAGGAAGCCUUCGGAAAGGGUUCUACCUUGACUCAUGCUUAACCUGUAGGCGUUUAGGAUUAAUACAAUCAUUUUGCUCGAGCUCGGUAUCUGGAGUUUUUGUAUGGAAUUUCUUGACAUGCGUAGAAGCUGGAGCAGGUUAUAGUCAAUAUUCUGGUUUGAUAUUGUAAGAUGGAGCAGGUUAUUAUCAAUACCCUGGUUUCAUAUUGUAAGAUGGAGCAGGUUAUUAUCAAUACCCUGGUUUCAUAUUGUAAGAUGGAGCAGGUUAUUGUCAAUACCCUGGUUUGAUAUUGUAAGAUCGAGCAGGUUAUUGUCAAUACCCUGGUUUGAUAUUGUAAGAUGGAGCAGGUUUUUUCAAUAUGUUGGUUUGAUAUUGUAAUAUAUCGCAGGUUAUUGUAAUUAUCCUUGUAAUAUAGUGUAAUCUUAUGUUUGUUAUGCGUGUUAUUUAGAGUAAUUUAUUCGAGAAUCUCUUAAAAUAAUGAACUCAAACUCCUUGUCCCGCUACACAAAAAGCCCACUAACGGCUGUGCAAACUCUAUAGCAUUUGGGUCAAAAACCUUCUUUCUUAUUUUAACUUUUCGAAAUCUGCCACAGACUAUGAGAAUCAGACAUCAGUGUAUACUUUGACAGUUUCACAGCCAUGGGGCUAGGCGACAACAUUAGGUUUACAGAGCUCUUUUUUUUCUUUUUGUGAUUUCACAAACAACAUUAGGUUUAGAGAGUUCAGUUUGCUUCUGUGAUUUCACAACCAACAUUACAUUUAGAGAGUUUCGUUUCUUUCUGUGAUUUCUUUCACACACAACCUUAGAUUUAGAGACUUCCUUUUAUUUCUGUGCUUUCGGCGUAAGAAUGUCAACAUCAAAAUCAUACUCUUUGGUAAAAUAACAUAACGAAUUAUGUAUGGUAAACAUAACAUCAUUACAUAAUAUACAGGCAACCAUUUACAUUAAAUUUUAAAUUUGAAUAAAAAAAGAUGGCACUGAGUUAGCUAUAAGCUCUUUUCUGUUAGCUUUGAUCUAUAAGCUAUAAUCUGUAAGCUAUAAACUAUAAUCUAUAAGUUAUAAUCUAUAAGGUAUAAUAUAUAAUCUAUACGCUAUAAUCUAUAAGCUAUAAUAUAUAAGCUAUAAACAUACAAUAUAAUCUAUAAGCGUUUAUCUAUAAUAUAUAAGCUACAAUCUAUUAGCUGUAAUCUUUAAUCUAUAAGCUAUAAACUAUAAUCUAUAAUCUAAAAGCUAUGAUCUAUAAGCUAUAAGCUGCAAUCUAUAAGAUAUAAUAUGUAAGCUACAAUCUAUAAGCUGUAAUCUGUAAGCUGUACUCUAUAAGCUAUAAUCUAUAAUCUAUAAGCUGUAAUCUACAAGCUAUAAUUUAUAAGCUAUAAUCUAUAAAAUAAGCUGUAAUCUAUAAGCCAUAAUCUAUAAGCUAUAAUGUUUAAGCUAUAAUCUAAAAGCUAUAAUAUAUAAGCUACAAUCUAUAAGCUAUUAUCUAUAAGAUAUAAUCUGUAAGCUACAAUUUAUAAGCUGCAAUGUAUAAGCUGUAAUCAAUAAGCUUUAAUCUAAAAUCUAUGCGCUAUAAUAUAUACGCUAUAAUCUAAUAAGCUAUAAUCUAUACGCUAUAAUCUAUAAGCUUAAUCUAUAAGAUAUAAUCUAUAAGCUGUAUCUAAAAACUUUAAACUAUAAGCUAUAAGCUGUAAUCAAUAAGCUAUAAUAUAUACGCCAUUAUCAAUAAGAUAUAAUCUUUUAGCUACAAUCUAUAAGCUACAAUCUAUAAUCUGUAAUGUAUAAGCUGUAAUCUAUAAGCUAUAAUUUAUAAGCUAUAAUUUAUAAUAUAAGCUGUAAUCUAUAAUCUAUAAGCCAAAAUCUAUAAGCUGUAUUGUAUAAGCUAUAAUCUAUGAGCCAUGAUCUAUCAGAUAUAAUCUGUAAGCUACAAUCUAUAAACUGUAAUCUAUAAGCUGUAAUCACUAAUCUAUAAGCUGUAACCUAUAAGCUAUAAUCUAUAAUUUUGGAGAAAGUCGUUCUCCGCCAGCUCCUGAAUCACCUCACUCGGUGCGACUUGUUUGAGCCUUUCCAGUCAGCAUACAGGGCGCAUCACUCUACCGAGACAGCCCUGUUGCGCGUAGUAAAUGACCUUCUGUCAUCUUGUUGCGAGGGCAAGAUAUCGCUUUUGUCGUUACUUGAUCUAUCGGCUGCUUUCGAGACGCUUGACCACGGCAUACUUCUCCAACUUCUGGAAAAUAUGUUCGGUUUCAUCGAUGCCAUCCUGAAAUGGUUCCGUUCGUAUCUGACAAAUCGGGUCCAAUCAGUUAUCGCAAACGGCUUGACCUCGAAGCAAUCUAUCAUCGAAUUCGGAGAACCCCAGGGCUCGGUCCUAGGCCCGGUGCUUUUCACUAUGGACGUUCAGACCCUGGGUGCAGUGAUCAAGCAGAAUAUAGGCCUAGCUGGUGACCUUACAUGUUAUAUCACAUGUUCGCGGAUGAUACCUAACUUCAGAUAUCUGUGAUCCCCUCUCAGUUCCCUCAGCUUCUUAGUAUGAAACAGAAGACAGUGGAGUCAGUUAAGCACUGGAUGACUAUAAGUAAGCUUAAAUUGAACGAUGAAAAGACCGAGCUGAUCCCCAUUGCUACCACCCAUAAGCUAAAAUAUAUAAAUAAUACACAAACUCUUACUCUAUCAGGUGUACAGAUAGAGUUUGCCCAAACAGUGCGAAACCUGGGUGUCUGCUUAGUCAAAACACUGACUAUGGAAAAUCACAUUAACGUGCUUUGCAAGGCAAUUUUUCUAGACCUGCGUAGAAUUAGUCAUAUCAGACCUUUCUUAACGCUAGAUGCAACAAAGAGACUGAUGUCUGCAUUCGUGCUAUCAAGCAUGGACUACUGCAAUGCUCUUAUGAUGGGUCUCCCAGCUACGCUCCUGAAUAAAAUGCAAAAAGCACAGAAUAAAGUGGCUCGCAUUGUUCUUCGAAAACGCAAAUUCGACCAUGCUAAAACACUUCUGAGAGAGUUGCAUUGGUUGCCGGUUCGUGCUCGCAUAGAGUAAAAAAUUGCAACUCUGUGCUACCGCUACUUGCAUGACCUUGGAUCGUCCUAUCUAAAAGUGCUCAUAACGUCUUAAGUACCUACUAGACAACUCCGUUCAUCUGAUAGUGGCACACUCUCGACACGACGUGUUCGCCUUGAGACUUACGAUGGGCGCACUUUUGCAUUUGCUGGCCAACAAUUUGGAACACCCUUCCUAUCGCUCUCAUAAACAGCCAGACACAGGAGUCUUUUAAAACUGAUUGAAAGACUUAUCUAUUUUGCAAACUCCUGCUGGGGUGAUGUUGUCUAUCUAGCUAUUAUCUUGUAGAUGCAAAUUGGCCUGUGUUGUUUAUGGUUGCAAGGUAUGAAAGACUUAGAGUGGGUAUUCUCAUAUGUAGUUUUUGUUAUGUUGCAUUUUGUACUUCAAUCUAGUAUGUACCGCACUUCGAGGCUCUGGGGAUGAAGCGUGAUUUUCAAAUAAUCUUUAUUAAUAUUAUCACCUAUAAUCUAUAAGCUUAAUCGAAAAGAAGGGGUAGAAGUGAAAGCCACAAAAAAAUCUUUGUAUCAAGUUUAAACAAGAACAACUUGGAAAAGUCAAAAAUUGACACGUGCCUCCAACAACGAUGAUAACACGCGUCAUCUGACAUCUGAUGACAAGACUUUGACUUAAAAAUGUCAUGCAGUCAAGACACAACAAAAAAUGCAAGUUCCAGUCCCUGUCAAAAGAGGACAGUUGUCUGGCUACUGGUCCUUUAUUUCUGGUUGUUUGCAGAUAACAAAGUAGGCAUUCUUUACAUAGAGUUAAUGUAAUCAUAAUACAAAUCGAAGAUUUUGUUUUGCUGAUCCCAAACAUAGUGCUUAUCCCAAUAUGACUGCUUAUCCCAAUAUGACUGCUUAUCCCAAUAUGACUGCUUAUCCCAAUAUGACUGCUUAUCCCAAUAUGACUGCUUAUCCCAAUAUGACUGCUUAUCCCAAUAUGACUGCUUAUCCCAAUAUCACUGCUUAUCCCAAUAUGAAUGCUAAUCCCAGUCUGACUGUUGAUUCCAUUCUGACUGAUUGCUUAUUUAGAUCUCUGUUAUUUUAUAUUAAAUUAUAACACAGAGGUCAAUGUCAUAGUGACAUAACAUCCAUAGCAUACUGAAAGACAAACAACAGACAAGUUGUCAUGACAACAAAAAGUUACCCACAAAAAUAAUUUUUGACAUUUUGGAGGUUUUUUUUAGUCAAGUUUGAGAAGCCCUGAUUUUGCUGAAUAAAAGCGAGCACCAUAGAAUUUUUAAAAAGAACGGUUCAUGGAAAAUGAAAGUUAUGGUAAUGUAAAAAAGUUAUGGUAGUGAAAAAGAAGUUACAGGUAAAUAGCUUUAAAGGGGAGUGUGGGGGAAUGGUGUUAUGUCAAGACCACGGGGAUAUCUUCAGAGUACAUUUCUUUGGCUCGCACUUUAAAUUGAAAGCUAAACCUGUCUCACCUAGUUAAGCCAACCAGUUUUAAAGAUAAUUAGUUGUUAGGUUGUCUAUCACAACUCUUAUCUCGAAUGUACAUUGACAACCCGUUUCCAGACUGAUGCUAAUGUAUGUAAACCGUUGUCAGAAACAAGGACUUCUUUAAGAGGUCUGGGUGGGGUAGUUAUUGGAAGUCUGGGUGGGACAGUUAUUGGAAGUCUGGGUGGGACAGUUAUUAAAGUCUGGGUGGGACAGUUAUUGAAAGUUUGGGUGAGACAGUUAUUGAAAGUCUAGGUGGGACAGUUAUUGGAAGUCUGGGUGGGAUGGUUAUUGGAAGUCUGGGUGGGAUGGUUAUUGGAAGUCUGGGUGGGAUGGUUAUUGGAAGUCUGGGAGGGACAUUUAUUAGAAGUCUGGGUGGGGCAGCUAAUGAACGUCUGGGUGGGACAGUUAUUGAAUGCCUGGGUGGGGUGGUUAUUGGAGGUCUGGGUGGGACAGUUAUUGGAAGUCUGGGUGGGACAGUUAUUGGAAGUCUGGGUGGGGCAGUUAUUGGAAGUCUGAUCGGGACAGUUAUUGGAAGUAUGGGUUGUGCAGUUAUUGGAAGUCUGGGUGGGACAGUUAUUGGAAGUCUGGGUGGGACAGUUAUUGCUCCCGUGAUAACAGCUGUUACUGGAGUUUUGAAUACAGAAAAUACAGUUAGUAGUUCAUUUUACUACUUGAUGUCAAUCAACUCUAAGUGAGAAGAAUUCGUGAACGGGUGAAGGGAGACUCUGAGCUUUUGUAGUAAUUAUUUAGGCCUAAGUAAGCUAGACCUAAUAAGCAACUCAACCAGGCCUGCACAACAUACGGCCCGCCAGCAUCUACUUUGUGGCCCGAGAAGUAACGAAAUUUUCUUAAUUAUUAUUAUUUUCUUAAUUGCUUUUCCCCCUGUCCUAUUUUCUUUCGGCCCGCACAAGUUUUUCAUAAAGUGUCAUGGCCGUCUUACACUUUGAGUUGUGCAGGCCUGAACUAAACCACUAAAGAAUGUAUUCAGUUAUUUACCUGUGUUCCUUUCCAAGGUAUAUCAUAUAUUUUUUGUGUGUCUGGAGGUGGGGGGGGGGGGGGGGGGGGGGGGGGGGGGGUGGUGGCGGAAGCGUUGAGGGGAGGGGUGUGUGGUUAUGGGUCAGAUAUCUCCCACGAUGAAAUAUCGGCAAAACGUUCUUGUAGGAAAUAGAUUGUUGAGAAUGUGUCAUAACAAACAAACAAACAAACAAACAAACAAAAACCACCCAAAAAACCACCACCAACAACAACAACAACGACAACAACAACAACAACAACCAAAAAACCCACACAAAUUUCAACAACCAGUAACACCAUGGAAGAAUGAGGACCACCUUAGAGUUGUGGCAGGUACUUCAUGGGUAAGAUCGCAUUCGGUAGUUUCUUGCUUUCGAAGAACACCUCUGAAUAGAAAUAAUAUUAUAACUUUGAAUUGAGCAAGCAGGUAGGCUUGCAUUUAAAUAUACAGUAAGGCAUCGAUAAUCCGAACAUGGAUUAUCUGGACAUAGAUUGUCCGCACAUCAAUUAUCCGGACACCAGAAAUCCAGAUGUUGAUAUUCCGGAAAUUAAUAAUUCGGACAUUGAUAAUACGGACAUGGACUAUCCGUUAUCGAUUAUCCGGACAUCAGUAAUCCGGACAUCGAUAAUCCAGGCAUUGAUAAUCCGGACAUCAAACAUCCUGGGCUUAGAAAAUCCGUUUACCUAAUAAAAAUAAACAAACUGCGCGGACAGAACGGCAUCGAGAUUUGAAGUUAAACCACACUGUAAAAAAUCUAUCGUAAAAGGACCCCCAAAAAACUUGCAACUCAAAGCAUGCCUGAAAACACAUGGCAGUAUUAUUUCGAAAGCAGUCACGUGGCAGUUACACUUCACAAGUCACGUGGUGAGCCGUGACCUCACUAUUUACAACCGAUGCGAAAAUCCGGAUAAGAAGAUAUUCAGGAGGGGGGGUCAAACAACGAUUAGUCCGGAUAAUCCACGUCUUGCAGUACCCGGUUGUCGUGGGGAUGGGGGUACGGCGUAAGGAGGAUAAGGUUGUGGGAGGGAGGGGAUUGCUUCUCAUGCCCGUGGCUUGGGGGAGACCUGAGGAUGAAUGAUGUUUGCUGCUACACAGUUUUUCUACAUUCCUUACUGCACUUUAUCUCUCUACAGCCGAUAGAAGGUGAACGGCAAGAUCAUCUACUUUGUACAUACGGCUCGUAAAGAUCAGACCCUGUAAUCCCGUUACAAGCGCUAAUUGCCCGCACCCAAUAGCCGGCUAACUCUGGCACCUGUAGGAAACGCAAGCUCUCCCCCCAACUCUCCCCCCCACCCCCCCCCCCCCAACGUUUACCCAUGAACGUCCCAACUGCCCCACGCCAAAAACAAUAUUUGGACGUGGUGCGGCGCGAAGCCAGAUAAAAGCAACGAUUUGUGGUUCGGUUUAUUUAUCUUAUCAGCCAAUGCCAUGCUCAAUUACAUGGUAUCACAUGGAAGGUACACUUCUUAGAAGCACAAUCACAAAUUAUUACAAGGGGGAGUAUGGGAUUGUGAUAGAGGAGGUUGGGGGGUGGAUCGUAAACCAUAUAAACUAUAUCAGGGGUCGGGAGCCUAUAUGGCUCGCGAGCCAGAUGUGGCUCUAUUGAUAGCUGCAUCUGGCUCGCAGACAAAUGUUCGAUUAUACAAAAAAUGUCGCAUUAAUGAUAAGAAAUGCUCAUUUUUGAUUAGCAACAGCAUAACAAUGUUAUUAAAAAGAAUUCAGAGACAUAAUUAAUGCAUUUUUAGUGUUGAAAUUACACAAAAUGCAAACAUUUACUUGAAUUUUUAGUUUUAAACAUAAUGUAUGGCUCUCACAUAAUUACUUUUCAAAAUAUGUGGUGUCCAUGGCUCUCUCAGACAAAAAGGUUCCUGACCCCUGAACUAUAUUAUAGACGAAAUGUAAUUAUUCUUUUUAAUCUAUAUUUUUACUUAAUAAUUUUUUUUUAUACUGGUUAAACAAUAAGUGAGAAACGUUGCUUCUAGUAUUGCUUCUAAUAUAGGCCUAGCUGGCGACCAGCUCUAUAGCUUCUAAUAUAGGCCUAGCUGGUGUCUAGCUCUAUAGCUUCUAAUAUAGGCCUAGCAGGCGACCAGCUCUAUAGCUUCUAAUAUAGGCCUAGCUGGUGACCAGCUCUAUAGCUUCUAAUAUAGGCUAGCUGGUGACCAGCUCUAUAGCUUCUAAUAUAGGCCUAGCUGGUGUCCAGCUCUAUAGCUUCUAAUAUAGGCCUAGCUGGUGUCCAGCUCUAUAGCUUCUAAUAUAGGCCUAACUGGUGACCAGCUCCAUGGCGUCUAAUAUAGGCCUAGCUGGUGUCCAGCUCUAUAGCUUCUAAUAUAGGCCUAGCUGGUGUCCAGCUCUAUAGCUUCUAAUGUAGGCCUAGCUGGUGUCCAGCUCUAUAGCUUCUAAUAUAGGCCUAACUGGUGACCAACUCUAUGGCGUAUAAUAUAGGCCUAGCUGGUGACUAGCUCUAUAGCGUCUAAUAUAGGCCUAGCUGGGGACCAGCUCUAUAGCUUCUAAUAUAGGCCUAGCUGGGGACCAGCUCCAUAGCUUCUAACAUAUUGCUCAUUCAUGUUUGUUGAUGCAUACUUAUUUUUUAUAAGCUUAGUAACUUGUGUUUUGUGUUGUUGAUGAAACAACUUUUUAGGGACUUAGUAUUAUGCUUGCUGCACUUGACAAAACGUAUCUAUGAUGUCAUACAACUGCCAAAUAUACCUUAUGAAAAUGGCUCAUCCCACAAAGUGGGCUUCCGACGUCGCAGCUAUAUUUCGCAAAAAGGUUUUCUUAAGCCUGAGCCAUAUAUCACAGAGAAGUUUGCCGACGAUUAAGCCAUAUAUCACAGAGAAGGUUGCCGACGAUUAAGCCAUAUAUCACAGAGAAGGUUGCCGACGAUUAAGCCAAAUUUUAAAAAAAAAAGACAAAUCCGUUAUAGAUAAGAAGUUAUCGUUGGUUUGCUAGUAAAGUCUAUCGGCCAACCUAUCUGGUCUACAACCCAGUGGGUCUAACGGCCACCCUACCGGUUUCGCCCCCCCCCCCCAAACACCUGAGUACACUAUUCGCCGUAAUAACUAUACGUCCUGUAAAAGUAUGAAAAUUUUUUGGGCUAGUUAUUUCGUCAGGGGCUAGUUACUUACCCAGUGGGUCUAACGGCCCCCCUACCGGUUUCGCCCCCCCCCCCCCAAACACCUGAGUACACUAUUCGCCGUAAUAACUAUACGUCCUGUAAAAGUAUGAAAAUUUCUUGGGCUAGUUAUUUCGUCAGGGGCUAGUUACUUUGUUAGGGGCUAGUUACUGUGUCAGGGGCUAGUUACUUUGUCAGGGGCUAGUUACUUUGUCAGGGGCUAGUUACUUUGUCAGCGGCUAGUUACUUUGUCAGUGCCGCCCCGUCGGCCCUGCACCACAGGCGGUGUCGGAUAUUUUUAAGGGGCGCAAAGUUGUGAUGCGGAAAUAAAAUAACCUGUUAACCUUGAAUGCGAGGGCCGCAAAACACUAAAAGUGGCAUGGGCCUGAAAAGGUCACGUUACAACUCAGUAUUUUGUAAUGCAUGAAUGUCAAUGUUAAAAAAAAAACAAAACAAAAAACUAUUUGUGGCAAUAAAACGAAAACAAGACCCACAACUAAAACAGAAGGUCAAGGUCUAAUGUUUUAAUUAUCUGCUCAUCGGGUCGGGGGAGGUAGUUGGGAUUAGUAACGCACCCCCACCCCCACCCAACGGGGAGGGCACAGGUUUUCCCUCGCAUCUUCCACACAAAAAAAAGACUGUAUAAAGUUGAAAAUGCCGUCCAGCAUAGAAAGAAGAAAGUGCCGUCAGGGGCAGACCAUACCCUCGGUAACCCCUGUCUACGCCACUGACCCUCACAAACAAUGAUAAACAUAAUAUUAUGUCAUAGUGCCCAUAGGCAUAUUCCAUAGCCAAUGACCAUAUUUGCAAUGACAAGGCUUCAAGGCACACUUCUUCAUCUUGUACGUCAGGUUAAUGUAGAAAACGACCAAGCCGCCGAAGCCUAACAAAUUAAAUACGUCGAUAGACUACUAAACCAUUCAACUAAUGAGAUAAAGAUAUAUCAUGGAAACUGAAACUGUCUUUUGAAAGCAUUAUAAAACAUUUGACUUACGUUAACAGACCAUUCGAUUAAUUAAUCAACUCUAAUUAAUUAUUUUUUUUUAAAAAAGGCCUCUAUCUUAUGGCGGUCAUUGAAAGGCCCUUGCCGUAAACAAUUUCCCGUUAUUUGGCGAUAAGCGGUUCCAUGGUGUAAUGGUUAGCACUCUGGACUUUGAAUCCAGCGAUCCGAGUUCAAAUCUCGGUGGAACCUUAGGCGUAUCUUUUCUUUUUAAAACCAAUCCGCUUAUCUGUCCUGGUAAGAAGCCGUGGACGUUUUCGAAUAAUUAAAACAUUAGACCUUGACCUUGGAUUAGUUGCAUUGCUUUGAUAAUCUAUCAUGUUGAAAUAGAAUUAAACUAGUGCUGAACAAGGCACAGCGAACAGGGUCCGGGUAUGUCAAGAAAAUGGUCGGUGCGUCCAAGUUUUACAUAUACAGAAAUCAUAAAAGUUAAGUUCACAUUUUCUAUAAUGUGCAACGACAUCUAAUUCACUAUGUCUGAGUGAGAAUGCAACGCUAUCAUGAAAAUGAUUAUUAUUUUAUUUUUUUUUGGAGGGGGGGGGUGGGUGGUGGGGGGGAUCUUUUUGGUUAAGAAAUAACCCACUGAUAGGGACAGGCCGUUACCGGAUCCCAGAAUAAAGAUGACGCUGUACGCAUGAAGCUUGCCGUGAGGUAGAGGAGCACGGACAAUAUCAAAACCAAAAUAAAAGUCGCCACCCACUAAUGUCAAAAAAACAAAAAAAAACACCCAAAAAAAUGAACCUAAUUACUGGAGUUCAGAUGUCACGCAUGAAGAGCGCUGAGUGACAGGUCUUUUUUUAACCCAGUACUUGAAAAAAACAAACAUGUGAAAUUGAAAAGGUGGUGGGGGGGGGGGUUAAAAAAGAAGCAGGACACGCCAGAAGCAAAAUAUACAUAAGAGAUUUUACGUUAUAAUAACUGAAGUUGAAGUUAACACUUUAAGGUGAUAUACUUGUUAGAGGCGGAAUACUACAGGUUGUCUCUCAGAUGCAAAAUUUACACAAAACUAUUUAUGCAAUUUUUUUUUAAUUGUAUUUUUCCAUUUCUAUUGUAUGUUGUGUACCACUUCUGUGAAAACCAAAUAAAGAAGAUAUUAAGCUUCUGUGGGUGUGCUGCCCAAUUUGUGUGCGUCCCAUUUAAACUUAACCUGACUUACCUUAACUCCCUUCACAAACGUCUUCUCUUCCAGUGCCUGGUCCCGCCGACUACCAAGACAUUGACCUCAAACUGCCCGGCCUGCCCGAGGCGCCGAUGUACUCCUUUGGUGACAAGCCGCUUGUCUGUCCUGGUAAGUAGCCGUGGACGUUUUCGAAUAAGUUAUGGGCCCUUGUUCUGAUGUGAGGAAUCGCUGCCCCUGACCAAUGCGCAUAGUUAAGUUUCCGGACUUUUUCUCAGUGUUUCGGUCUGCAAACACUCAGCAAAAACCACGCGAUCGAAGCUGAUAUCUGUUGCUCUCCUUGAUUGACCGUGGUGGAAAAAAAAAGCUCUCCUUCUCUUAUCCAUAAAAAUGUCCCCGACCUGGAUAAGCCUUCUUAAAUAAAGUUGAUUGGAUAUAGUAGUCUGUUAUGAUCAUCACGAAAUGUCCAUGAAGUAAUUAAGAGAAUUUCUAAAACAUGCCAAGCGUUCACGGUUAUGAAGAGACUCUAAACAACUAACAAUAAACUCUACACAACUAUCAAAGAGACUACAUAACUAUCAAUAGACUCUGCAUAACCAUCAACAGACUCUACAUAACUAUCAAUAGACUCUACAUCCCUAUCAAUAGACUCCUCAAAACUAUCAAUAGACCUACAUACAUUUCAAUAUAUUUUGGGACAAGACACUGAAAGUUUGGUAAAAUAAAAUUUCCCAUCAACGAAACAAUAAACUAACUACCUGGACCUAUCAAAGAAAUAUAUAUAUACAAAAUUGUCGAAUAAAUUAUCGAUAUUCGUUGUUUUUAACUUCAUAAACCGAUUUCACAUGAAUGUGUUGGAGAUAAGUCAACGAGACUAUUGCACGAGUCAACAAGAUUAUUGCACAAGUCAACAAGACUAUGGCACGAGUCAACAAGACUAUUGCACAAGUCAACAAGCCUUCUCAAUGCCUCUUACGUGGUCAGUUCAUGUCAUAUCAUUUUAGAAUUUUGAAAUAAUGCCCAUACAACAAUGAUGUCCUAUUCCACUUUUUAAGAGUCAAAUGUCUUACACAUGACACAUUCGCUAAUAGUUGAAUUAAGCCGUACAGGUCAGCUUCUAUCUUCCUUUCUUUGAUACAUUCCUCAGAAUCAAAUUAAUAUUAAAUAUGUGAUUGAUAACAUUUUCCUUAUAUGUGGAAUCAAUACGUCAAGUACCACUAGCUACUGGCAUAAUUUUAAGAUUCACAGCAAAAAAAUAAUGAGCGUGUAUGAAGUAAAAUGACGAGUCAUGUCCCCCUUGUGAACGCUAGUAUUGUCCCUUGAAUCAUCGAGCUCAAGAAUGCCAUCCACCCCUUACCUGAAUAUAGACACGGGGAGAACGCUUGGCCCCAGAACAAAUUGACAUUUAGACAAAAGCUAUGGGGAGGGGGGGGGCUAAUGAGGACAUCUGAGUUGAUGAAUGACAGAGGGGUGUAAGAGCGGAGAGAAUGGACUUGUGAGAGCUUGAGUCGUCGAGGCUAGGGUAGUACAACGCAGUCGGCUGCGUUUAUGAUGCUUCGGUGGUCCUUGUGGUCCCUUGAGUCAUGCGGGCCAUUGGACAUGAGCUGACUCGCAUACGAGUUGAUCAUAUUCAAUACCGUUAAUCACAAUAACGAGAAAAUAUACGAGACCUCGAGUGGUCACAACCGCAUUGUUUGUUUUUUUUGUUAAAAGUAAAUUUAGAAACAAAAUAAAAUUAAAUUGGUCUGAUGUGAUUUCCAACUUUCGACCAUUGCCUUCCCAGGCACGUGAACAAUGCUGAGUGCGACAUCAGUGGGUCAACCGGAAAGAAUGCUAUAGAGGGUUACGCUUCAAGCUUAAACCUGCAAGUCUUGGAGUAUAUAAAUAAUUAUAUAAUGACGUAUUUUGGGACCUAUCAAAUCAAAGUUAUAAUAAUCAACCCUUAAAAACUAAGUUUUUGGUGAUCAAUCUUUUUAUAAAAUGUGAUAUCGAGCAAUGUGGAGUGGGGCUGAACAUUUGACAAAACAUACUUACAAAAUGUACUUACAAAACAUACUUACAAGUAAUGUACUUACAAGACAUACUUACAAGUAAUGUACUUGAUAAGAAUCCCCAACAUUGCCUGCCCCCCGCCCACGCCUUGCAACCGCUCAUUCUUUUCUCGCCCUCAUCUGUAUUAAUAUUCUAAUGACCCACCCGCAGAUUUAUUUCACCACCCACCAAGAAAAUAUUACGGACCAAACGCACUUGCGAUAUUUUUGAGCUGCUGAGGAAUCUCAUUGAGCGCAGUAAUCGGGAAUUUUAUUUCGUGAAACCUGUGUCAUCCUAUUUCUUUCAUCUUCCCUUUGAAAGAACAGGAAAAACUGAUUUUUUUUGGGGGGGGGGGUUUGGGGUUAAGGGGGUGGGCCUGACAAUUUGAAAGCAUGUAUAGUCAUGGGCAACGAGGAUAUGUGCCAAGUAUCAGCUCGAGAGUUUGACGGGAAGUGGGUCAAUGAGCCGUCCGAACAUUUUUGCCUGCCACAAACAAAAGUGAAGAUAAUAUAAAGAAUUUUAAAAAAAAUGAAUUUUUGAAGCUAGUGUUCAACAAAUGAUACAACUAGGUUAAUAUCAUGUCAGUCUCAAAGAAAAGACGAUUACGUCACGAUCUUUAAGUUAAAAAUGUGUACAAGACAAUUAGGUCACCCUGACCCUGAGUGCAGCCAACGUCGCGGUAUCGCCUGCGUCACGGUCACGGUAUUGCCUGCGUCACGGUCACGGUAUUGCCUGUGUCAGGGUCACGGUAUUGCCUGCGUCACGGUCACGGUAUCGCCUGCGUCACGGUCGCGGUAUUGCCUGCGUCACGGUCACGGUAUCGCUUAAGUCAUGGUAUCGCCUGCGUCACGGUAUCGCCUACGUCAUGGUAGUGUCUACGUAACAGUAUCGCCCUUGUUGCGGUAUCGCCUACGUCACGGUAUCGUCUGUGUCACGUCACCGCCUACGUCACGGUAUCGCCUGAUUCACGGUAUCGCCUGCGUCACGGUAUUGUCUACGUAACAGUAUCGCCUACGUUACGGUAUCGCCUACGUCACGGUAUCGCCUGUGUCACGGUAUCGCCUGCGUCACGGUAUUGUCUACGUAACAGUAUCGCCUGUGUCACGGUAUCGCCUACGUCACGGUAUCGCUCACAGUUUACCCACAUCUUUUUACUAGCGCUAAAAUAAAACAAAAAAACUUUAGAUCUGUGAACGCAGACUCAUAUACAUUAAGGAAGUUAACGCUUUUUUCUUUAAGCCGAGCCACAUGAACGUCAUAAGAUCUGUCAGUAACAUCAUGGCACUAAUGUUAUCCAAACCUCUCUCUGUGGUAGAAGUUGUUUACUUCCUUACACAAAAUAAAGGACAAAGUAAGAAUCCUGUCCAACCCCCCCCCCAAAAAAAAACAAAAAAAAAAAAAAAAAAAAACCAAAAAAAAAAAAAGCCUUGAGCUCGUGGCAUCCGUGAACAACAACUCGUGAACAAGGUUCAGGAAGGCAUUUCAAUUUGACCAUCGGCUAGAUGGUGUUUUCGUAGGUUUUUUGGUGGUGUUUUGGUGGUGUUUUGGUGGUGUUUUGAUGGUGUUUGGUGGUGUUUUGGUGGUGUUUGGUGGUGUUUUGGUGGUGUUUUGGUGGUGUUUUGGUGGUGUUUGGUGGUGUUUUGGUGGUGGUGUGGUGUUUUUUGUGGUGUUGUGGUGGUGUUUUUGUGAUCUUUUGGUUGUGGUUGGGUGGUAUUUCCGUUGUGUUUUGGUGGCGUUUUGGUUGUCUGUUGGUUUUGUAUAACGGUCUUUUGGUGGGGCUUUGGCGAGUGUUAUGCUUGAAUGUUAUCACUUUGACCAUCUCCCAAUUCAUAUCUGUCGGUCUCCGGUGUCCAGUUCUUCCUACUCCAUACCGGUGUAAGUAAACUCUCUCAAGACUACAUGCUAAAUAAAAGUUCAAGUAGGCUCGUGAUAGCUACAAGUCUGCAUUACCGCUUGUCCGUGCCCCCCCCCCCUUUUGCAUUGGUCAGUGCUCCCGUGAGUGGUCAGCGACACACCAUGCAGAGGUCAGUACCCUCUACCAUGCAGUGGGCCGUGGCUACUACCAUGAUAUGUUUGAUUGAGCCAACCACGACCAUAGUGAUAUGGGAAACAACCUCGACCAUAGUGAAAUGGGACAUAUAAUGAUAUAAACAAAUCUCGUUUUGCUAUUUAAUGAUUUGGGAAUAUGUUAAGGCUAAAAUAAAAAGAAAAAAUAACAAAUUAGUAAGGACGUUUCGGCGGGGCGCCUUCUUCGGCGGAAAAGACUAAACUGGAAACAACAAAGCUGUAAAAACCGUAUUUGUUAGAAGUCUCACUCUGUAAACAAAUCAGUGGUUUUGACACUCAAUGCUGGAAACAAAGAUCAAGUAUGUUAGUGUUUUAACAUCAUUUUAACCCUUGAAGAAACAUCCAGAGCUAUGCGGCAGUGUGGCCGAUUUUGCCGUCUUUUAAAAAACAAUUAUCGUAUUUUCUUUUCUUUAAAAGUAGGAAUCUGAAUUUAUAGUCCAGGAUGACGGGAUAUCAAAGUACUGGAUUAAUAGAAACUAAAGUAAUCCAUUACUGAAUAGCUUAUUACUGAAUUACUGUAUAACAGAUCAAUGGAGCAAAAUAAAGAUCGACAUUUUAGCCCCACCAUAAAAAGCUGGCUUUAAGAAUCCGUUGAAUCUUUGCUGACACAGACGAUGGCAUUAAUCAAUUAAAGUCCAGAGUUAAUUUUUCGUGCGUUAACCCCCCCCCUCCCCCACACACACACAUUACAGAGAAAUCGAAAGGCUCGAACAGAUUAGAACCAAGGCGGAUGGACACGGUUGACCUGUUACUUGUUCUGCUUUAGACAACGGUGAAAUUAAUCGGCGUAAAAAAAAAAAAAGUCGCAUCAAAGUAACGAAUUGUUUUUUUUUCUUUUUUAAACACAGACAUUUUAAAUGCACUACUUAAUUUAACUCCUACCAAACUGUCCUCACUCGCACGUAGUAGAUGAGAAAAAAAAACAAAAUCACACCCAAUAAAUGGUUGGUGGUCUGGUCACAGUUGUGUGCGCCUCUGCUAAUCACUGAGAAGAGGAUCCUCACACGGGUGGGUCUACAGUGAACACAUCUCUCACUGAGAACAGAGCAAUGACAGAACACGCAGUCUCCAACGGAACAGACUCAUCUAAGGUCCUCCCUCCAGGUAUAUUGGGUUUGUGCGCCCACCUCAUAGCGUCUCUUGCAUCCAUGUUUUCCUCUCUCUCUCUCUCUCUCUCUUUAAAAAACAAACUUUCGGAAACGUGGCGGUUUGAGGUGGUAUAGAGGGGAGGGAUUGAGGGGAGGGGUGGAUGGAGUAAUCGUAUUUAAAAAAAAAACUAUUUUUGUUUGCUGAGGAAGAGCCGUAAGGGUUGGGGGGAGGGAGUGGGGGGGGGGCUAACGAAAAUGUUCACAUGCCACUGCACAAUUUUUGUUCACAGACUAUGGCUGUGGCAAUGCCUGAGCUCCAGGAUUGUCUAGCCCCAUACCCCCCAAACCCCCCUCCCCCCCUUUUUCUCUUCACCGGCACCCCAAUCAGGUUAAUGAGUUGUUGCUGUCGAGUGGUGCUCGCGGUAAAAUUCUAUCAUUUCUCAGGAAGAUGGCAGAAAUGUUUGGUGCGGUUUAGAGUAAUUGUUGAGUUUACCUUCUCCUGAACAUGGGUCGCAGCGGGUGGAUUAGAUUGGAGGAGGAAAUAUGUUACAUAACUCAACAGUGAAAACAGUGGUGAUAACAGGCAAUAUUUUACCCAAUGGUGAUGAAAGGCAAUAUUUUACCCAAUGGUGAUGAAAGGCAAUAUUUUACCCAAUGGUGAUGAAAGGCAAUAUUUUACCAAAUGGUGAUGAAAGGCAAUAUUUUACCCAAUGGUGAUAACAGGCAAUAUUUUACCCAAUGGUGAUGAAAGGCAAUAUUUUACCCAAUGGUGAUGAAAGGCAAUAUUUUUCCCAAUGGUGAUGAAAGGCUAUAUUUUACCAAAUGGUGAUGAAAGGCAAUAUUUUACCCAAUGGUGAUGAAAGGCAAUAUUUUACCCAAUGGUGAUGAUAGGCUAUAUUUUACCCAAUGGUGAUGAAAGGCAAUAUUUUACCCAAUGGUGAUGAAAGGCAAUAUUUUACCCAAUGGCAAUGUAAGGCAAUGUUUUACCCAAUGGCAAUGUAAGGCAAUAUUUUACCCAAUGGCGAUGUAAGGCAAUAUUUUACCCAAUGGCGAUGUAAGGCAAUAUUUUACCCAAUGGCGAUGUAAGGCAAUAUUUUACCCAAUGGCGAUGUAACGCAAUAUUUUACCCAAUGGUGAUGAAAGGCAAUAUUUUACCCAAUGGUGAUGAAAGGCAAUAUUUUACCCAAUGGUGAUAAUAUGCAAUAUUUUACCCAAUGGUGAUCAUAGGCAAAAUUUUAUCCAAUGGUGAUGAUAGGCGAUAUUUUACAUAAUUCAGCGGUGAAAUCAGUGGUGAUAUUGGGCAAUAUUUUACUCAAUGGUGAUGAUAGACAAUAUCUUGCAUGAUUCAGCGGUGAAAUCAGUGGUGAUAUUGGGAAAUAUUUUACCCAGUAGUGAUAUCAGGCAAUAUUUAACCAAAUGGUGAUGACAGACAUAAUUUAGUCAAUGGUCAUGAUAGUAAUACUUUACCCAAUGGUAAUGAUAGGAAAUUCUUUAGGCAAUGGUGAUGAUGAGCAAAACUUUACCAACGGUAAUGAAUGAAACGCUGGCGAGUAGCACGUAUGUAGAACUUCGAUCGCCUUAGUGAAUAUAUCUGUGGCUCCACGUCACUCUGCGUCAUCUAUUGUCUGAGUCAUCUAUCACCUGUGUCAUCUAUCACCUGUUUCAUCUAUCACCUGUGUCAUAUAUCGCCUGUGUCAUCUAUCACCUGUGUCAUCUAUCAACUGCGUCAGCUAUUGUCUGAGUCAUCUAUCCUCUGCGUCAUCUAUCACCUGCGUCAUCUAUCACCUGCGUCAUCUAUCAUAAUUCAGCCACUAAGAAAUAAUAAAUAAUUUAUUUAAAAGUGUUUGUUGUUAUUUCAACAUUAGGACAAGAGUUGUCUAGCUUUCAAGAAUCGUUCAUUACCCACUGGUCAUUUAUAAGGAAUAGAAUACAGCAUAACAGUCAGGAACUUUGAUGGCAACGUUUCUUGCAUUUGUCGUCAUAUAAAUUGUUUAGAAGGACCUAUAAACACCAAGAAAUUAAGCGAAUCAUUUUAAUAGAUCAAUGCAGAUAAUUCCAUAAAGUUCUACAGAUUUUAUGAUCAUAUCUAUAGAUGCGAUAUUUGUAAUCAAGUAAAAUUGACAUUUUUAUUAUCAUUUUUUUUUUAAAAUAAAAAAUCCAUAAGUUCUUUAACUUUUCAAAUGAUUCCAAAUCUAAUUAUUCUAUUUUUAACCCACCUUAAUGUCAUAGAUAUAUCAUUUCAAAUUUUUGAAUUAUCGUCUUGUUAGAAAUGCGUGCAUAUCUUCGAGCUCAUUUCGUUUUAGCGUUUAUUAAAAUAUCGCCUAUUUUGGUUUGUUGACUACGUUUUAUUUUAAGAUGGCUAUUUGUUAAAACUGUAACAACCUGGACCCGUCUAGACGGGUCUGAGUAAUUUACAAGUUAUUUUGUAACGGAAUCGAUUUUUCAUUAACUUGCUAAUAAUAGAUAGAUUGUCGAUUAUCAUAGUAUCGUAUUGUCAUAUUAUUACAAGAUGGCGCCUGUCUUUCACGGCUGCAAAGAAUCAAGCCCCAAAUGAUGUUCUUUAUUUUUCGAUGUCGUCAAACGUUACACAAUACUUUCCCCCUUACUUGACAUUAUAUCUUAUACCAUACUUUAAACAAUACUUUACAUCAUACUUUACACCAUACUUUACAUCAUACUUUACACCAUACUUUACACCAUACUUUGCAUCAUACUUUACACCAUAUUUUACACCAUACUUUACAUCAUACUUUAAACCAUACUUUACACCAUACUUUACAUCAUACUUUACAUCAUACUUUACAUCAUACUUUACACCAUAUUUUACACCAUACUUUGCAUCAUACUUUACACCAUAUUUUACACCAUACUUUACAUCAUACUUUAAACCAUACUUUACACCAUACUUUACAUCAUACUUUACAUCAUACUUUACACCAUAUUUUACACCAUACUUUACAUCAUACUUUACACCAUAUUUUACACCAUACUUUACAUCAUACUUUAAACCAUACUUUACACCAUACUUUACAUCAUACUUUACACCAUACUUAACACCAUUUUUACACCAUACUUUACACCAUACUUUAAACCAUACUUUACAACAUACUUUAAACCAUACUUUACACCAUACUUUAAACCAUACUUAACACCAUUUUUUACACCAUACUUUACAUCAUACUUUACACCAUACGUUACACCAUACUUUACACCAUACUUUACAUCAUACUUUACAUCAUAAUUUAAACCAUACUUUACACCAUACUUUACAUCAUACUUUACACCAUACUUUACACCAUAUUUUACACCAUACUUUACAUCAUACUUUACGAAAUACUUUACACCAUACUUUACAUCAUACUUUACACCAUACGUUACACCAUACUUUACACCAUACUUUACACCAUACUUUACACCAUACUUUACACCAUAUUUUACAUCAUACUUUACACCAUACUUUACAUCAUACUUUACACCAUACUUUACACCAAACUUUACACCAUACUUUACACCAUACUUUACAUCAUACUUUACGAAAUACUUUACACCAUAAUUUACAUCAUACUUUGCAUCAUACUUUACACCAUACGUUACACCAUAAUUUACACCAUACUUUACACCAUACUUUACACCAUACUUAACACCAUUUUUUACACCAUACUUUACAUCAUACUUUAAACCAUACGUUACACCAUACUUUACACCAUACUUUACAUCAUACUUUGCAUCAUAAUUUAAACCAUACUUUACACCAUACUUUACAUCAUACUUUACACCAUACUUUACACCAUACUUAACACCAUAUUUUACACCAUACUUUACAUCAUACUUUACAACAUACGUUACACCAUACUUUACACCAUACUUUACAUCAUACUUUAUAUCAUACUUUAUAUCAUACUUUACAUCAUACUUUACAUCAUACUUGACACCAAAAUUUACACCAUACUAUACAUCAUAAUUUACACCAUACUGUACACCAUAAUUUACACCAUACUUUACAUCAUACUUUAUAUCAUACUUUAUACCAUACUUUACAUCAUACUUUACACCAUACUUUACACCAAACUUUACACCAUACUUUACACCAUACUUUACAUCAUACUUUACGAAAUACUUUACACCAUAAUUUACAUCAUACUUUGCCUCAUACGUUACACCAUACUUUACACCAUACUUUACAUCAUACUUUACAUCAUACUUUAAACCAUACUUUACACCAUACUUUACACCAUAAUUUACACCAUAAUUUACAUCAUACUUUACACCAUACUUUACACCAUCAUUUACAUCAUACAUUAAACCAAAAUUUACACCAUAAUUUACAUCAUAAUGUACACCAUACUUUACACCAUAAUUUACAUCAUACUUUACACCAAAAUUUACAUCAUACUUUACACCAAAAUUUACACCAUAAUUUAUACCAAAUAUUUACCAUACUUUACACCAUAAUUUACAUCAUACUUGACACCAAAAUUUACACCAUACUAUACAUCAUAAUUUACACCAUACUGUACACCAUAAUUUACAUCAUACUCGACACCAAAAUUUACACCAUAAUUUGCAUCAUAAUUUACACCAUACUUUACACCAUAAUUUACAUCAUACUUUACACCAAAAUUUACAUCAUACUUUACACCAAAAUUUGCACCAUAAUUUACAUCAUAAUUUACACCAAACUUUACACCAUAAUUUACAUCAUACUUUACACCAUAAUUUACAUCAUACUUUACACCAAAAUUUACACCAUAAUUUACACCAUAAGUUACACCAUACUUUACACCAUAUUUUACAUCAUACUUUACACCUAAAUUUACACCAUAAUUUACAUCAUUAUUUACACCCUACUUUACACCAUAAUUUACAUCAUACUUUACACCAAAAUUUACACCAUAAUUUACAUCAAAAUUUACAUCAUAAUUUACACCAUACUUUACACCAUAAUUUGCAUCAUAAUUUACACCAUACUUUACACCAUACUUUACACCAUAAUUUACAUCAUAAUUUACACCAUACUUUACACCAUAAGUUACACCAUAAUUUACAUCAUACUUUACACCAUAAUUUACAUCAUAAUUUACACCAUACUUUACACCAUAAUUUACACCAUAAUUUACAUCAUACUUUACACAGUUUCAUCAUGCCUGGACAUUUUUCCGAUUUCGACUACUUAUGAUAGUAACAGUUUUUAAAUUGUUCUUUAUUUUGGGUUUUCAAGCAUUAUGUGUUGUGUUGUGUUAUGUUGUUGUGUUGUUAUGUUUGUUGUCGUUUGUUUUGUAUGAUGUAUCCUGCAUCUGAACAUCCAGGCAUGUAUUUUAGACAGGAGGUUAAGCGGUAAUUUAAUUAAUAAGUAAAAAUGUCCCUCUACGGCCCAACUACGUCAUUUGACGUCAUCUAAAUAGGUUUGGUAGCACAGAAAUGUAUUGGAUUUAAGGAAAUGUCAUUCAAUAAUAAAAUAAUAAAAAUCAAUUUCUCCUCUUUUAUUUUCUAUUUUUUUUUAUUUCUGUGUAAAUCUAACUUACAACUAAACCAAGAUUUCGAAGCGAAACCGUGAGUUCCACUGACUUACCUUAGAGUUCCAAUGACUUACCCAAGAGUUCCAAUGACUUACCCAAGAGUUCCAAUGACUUACCCAAGAAUUCCAAUGACUACCCAAGAGUUCAAAUGACUUACCCAAGAGUUCCAAUGACUUACCCAAGAGUUCCAAUGACUUACCCAUGAGUUCAAAUGACCCAUAAAUUCGCAUGAAGUACCCAUGAGUUCAAAUGACGUACCCAUGAGUUCAAAUGACGUACCCAUUAGUUCAAAUGACGUACCCAUGAAUUCAUAUGACGUACCCAUGCCAUGACUGUUUAUCAGUCAUUUCAAACCACUACAACUUCGUUCAGAUAAUGUACACCUUGCCUCCUCGAUAUCAUUUAACACAUUUUUAAAAACAAGUCCAUAGCAUUUAUUUUUAAUAUUUACGAUUUUAAAAGAAUACCUUUUUCUACAAUUAUCUUUUCUCAUGGAAUGGUCAUGAUAGUCACAGUGGUUUAAAAAAAAAAAAAAUGAAAAAACAAACAAAAAGAACAACAAAAAUGUGUUUUCCCCCUUUUAAAUGGACUCUUAUCUUUUUUUUUUUUAUAAAGUGCGUGGAAAUAGGUUGAGGGCAGAUUUUGUAUUAUUCCAAUAUUGGAAAGAGAAAAUGAUGAGAGAGUAAUAAAUAUGGGCGGAGUAUUUUUUUUUUUUUAAAUAAAAAUAUAAUAUUAUAAAACGAAUCUGUCAUUCAGUCAACUGUGUUACAAAAGUAACACAUUUAAGGAAAACACAAACACUUUCGAUUUAACAAUUUAUUAAUGAAGCUUCAACUAUUUGUAUGCAUUCAUUAAAUUGUUAAUUUUUGUAAAAAAAAAAAAAAAAAAAAAAAAAAAAAAAAAAAACAACAAAUUAAUUAUUUAAAUAAUUUUAUACAUUCAUGGAAUGGGAAACAUUGAAAAUUAUGCUAAUAACUAUAUUUUUUUCAAAGCAUGAGGCCAUCCUACAUUUUAGAAUUAAUAUAUUUUCCUUUUUAAAGUGACGUUUUAGGACACCUUAGAUCCUUAGCAAGAACUCUAUGAAACGUGUAGACUUUUAUAUAAAGGUCAAGGUAGUUUGAUACCAUGUUUUUUUUUUUGAGGUCUUUAAACGUGUGAAGUUGCAAAAAUAACAUAAUAAUCAUAAUUAAAAUACUGAUAAUUCGAACAACAAUAAGUAAGUCUUCGGCAUGUCAUCAGAGGCUACCAAUUUUCGGAACAGUACGAUAUUUAAAAUCGAAUACUGUAAGCCUCUAACAAGAUAAGCCGUGAACACAGGGAUCAUCACAUAUAUCGCGCAUAUCGAUAUUUUAUAGGUUCCACUAAUUGUCAUCGGUUUUAUAGGCACCAGUUACUUGUCGGUAUACAAAUGUUAUAAAAAAUGAUGAUGUAUUUUUGCUAGUUUUUUUUUUUUGAAAAAUAAAAUGUAUUUUCUCUUUAAUUGUUGUACACAUUUCAUCUUGAGGGGUGGGGGGCACUUGACUUUCUUCGGGGGGGGGGGCACUUGACUUUCUUCAGGUGCCCCGCAUUGAGAUGCCUGAAAGAGACACUGGGUCACCUAAUUUUCUAGACUCAAACAGCCCCCGGACAGUUGUCCGAUAAUCUCCGGGCGUACAAAGUCUUAAGUCACAUGCAGACUUCAAAGUGGGAUUAUCUACGUCCCUAACCUACAACAACCGGAUCUGGAUGAGGUAUGGAUAAUUAGGUGUGCGGGGGGGGGGGGAGGAAACGAUGCUACCAACGGGCACUGGAUGGCACUGGGGGGCACUGGCUGGGGUGUUGGGUACAGCAGAACCUUAGACCUGUUUCCUUUCACAGUGGGGCUUAUUAUUUUCUCAACAUCUGAGCGGGGACGUGUAAGACGAUGGAUGUUGCGUCCUCCCCCACCACCACCCCUCACCCCCAACCCCGGGAUUUUUCCCAUACUUUGUUUCGCUUAUUUCCUUAAGACGGUGGAGGUGGAUAGUGUGGGCUUGUAGGAUGGUCUGUGCGGUUCUGACGACAGGCAACAUAAACACAACAAUCAGAUGAUGGAGUUUCAGUUUAUGGCUAAAACAUAAUUGUAAUUACGCCUCAGGAUAUAACGGCAGACUCCAAAUAAAAAAAAAGUUCUAUUUUUAAACCUGUAUUUCUUCCCAGUAGCCGUUCCUUGGCAUGGACCCAAAAAAAUUAAAUAAUUUCUUGUACAUUUAAAAAAACUAAUAAUUUUUCGGGAAUAAAGAACCUGAAAUAUUCUCAUCCGAUGUCCAGUGAUCUUCUGAUUUCCGGUUUGGAUGUUUGAAUUUGUAUCUCGUAGGUUUCCUCCUCCUGUGCAUUGCUUUAUUUUACAAGAUGUGAUUUUCCUUUAUAUCUCCUGGCUAUGAGACGGAAGUGAUGCGAUGACGUCACAGGCAAUGUUGCGCAUACAAGAUUUCACCUUGGGUUUUUUUUUUUUUUUUUUUUUUUUUUUUUUUUUUUUUUGGGGGGGGGGGGGGUUUAGUUGCCACUGGCUUGACAUUUUUCCCUUGUCUCCUUCUUGUCCUCUUGCGACAUCAAGUCGAUAUAAGAAUAUGAACUGUGACGUCAAUGUAUGACACUAGAAGACCUUUGACCCCCACCGAACUUCUAAAUGGUACUCACCACUCUCAUUCUGCCUAUCAACAACUACGCUACAACACCGGACAUUGUUUUGCUGAUGAACAUGGUGAAUAUCGGUUAUGUCCCUAGUGCCCUCUGGCGUCUCUGCGAACAAACUGUCUUACCUGUAGUCCGUCGAACUCCCACACCCCUUCUCCUACCCCCACACACUCACACGUACACUCUCACGGAGGUAAACAUUUACCAUUUUGAUUACGCCAACAUGCCCCAAGUUGUUGAGUUGGAAUUAUGCCCCCCCUCUUUUUUUUCACACUCCCCCGGGCCGUUGAUCGCCUAGAGGGAACAAAUCUGUACAACGUUGUGACACGGCCGUACAACAAACUAUUUCCCCCAGCUCGGGAGCCGCUCCUGGGCCGCGGUGGUGGGCCAUAACCGUUGUAUCGCCCAGAUCUAAAGCGGUUGUCUCCCAAUCCCUGUUUACGCGUAUAUUUGGCAAGGCUCCUGCGGGUGCAAGGGAUUACCACAAGACAUUACGUCUUCUUAAGUCGUGUCGCUCUGUAUUUUCAUUACGUCUUCUUAAGUCGUGUCGCUCUGCAUUUUCAUUACGUCUUGCAAAGCUAAACCUUAGAUUCUUUUUUUUUUUUUUUUUUAAAAGUAUACACUAAAAAAAAUAUAAGUGGUAAAUAAAAAAAAAUUAUUGCAAUUUCAUUACGUCUUCUUAAGUCGUGUCGCUCUUGUUUUUCAUUACGUUUUGCAAAGCUUAACCUUAGAUUCUUUUUUUUUUUUUUUAAAAGUAUACACUAAACACAAUAUAAGUGGUAACUAAACAAAAAUUAUUGCUAUAGAGAGAUGUCAUUUUGUUUUGGACUUUGCAAAUACUAGCAUUCACUAAAUGAUUGUGCAACUUUGUGACCGACUGACCCCUCAGAAGCCCCCAAAAUGCUCAUAGCGGAUGUUAAACUGAUCCUCGUCGAUGUCGUCUGCCGAGGUAAAUUGCUUGUAAUGCAAGAACAGACGAUUGUUCCUGUUGAGGGAGGCAAUUUAACGUAUGUCCAUGGACGUAGUGACCCCUGUUCCAGCCAAGAUUCUGUAGACAAAAUGUUACUUUUCAUUACAUCACUCUAUUGGCUAUUCGUGUACACAAGAUGGGCAUUCGCGUACAUCAUAUCAUCACGGUAUGCCCACGGGAAGGGCGUUGUCGUAGACGAUUUAACAAAUUAUGGUGAUGGUUAUGUACACAAGUUAAUAGAUGGUGAUAGUUACAUACACUCAUUUAUAGUAAGUAAAAGUUAAAAACACAAGUUUAUAGUUGGUGAUAGUUACAAGCACAAGUUUAUAGUUGGUGAUAGUUACAAACACAAGUUUAUAGUUGGUGAUAGUAACAAACACAAGUUUAUAGUUGGUGAUAGUAACAAACACAAGUUUAUAGUUGGUGAUAGUUACAAACACAAGUUUAUAGUUGGUGAUAGUAACAAACACAAGUCUAUAGUUGGUGAUAGUAACAAACACAAGUUUAUAGUUGGUGAUAGUAACAAACACAGUCUAUAGUUGGUGAUAGUAACAAACACAAGUUUAUAGUUGGUGAUAGUAAAAAACACAAGUUUAUAGUUGGUGAUAGUAACAAACACAGUCUAUAGUUGGUGAUAGUAACUAACACAGUCUAUAGUUGGUGAUAGUAACAAACACAAGUUUAUAGUUGGUGAUAGUAACAAACACAAGUUUAUAAUUGGUGAUAGUAACAAACACAAGUUUAUAGUCGGUUAUAGUUACAAACACAAGUUUAUAGUUGGUGUUAGUAACAAACACACGUUUAUAGUUGGUGAUAGUUACAAAUGCAAGUUUAUAGUUGGUGAUAUUUACAUAAAAAUGUUUAUAGUCGGUGAUAGUAAGAAACACAAGUCUAUAGUUGGUGAUAGUAACAAACACAGUCUAUAGUUGGUGACAGUAACAAACACAAGUCUAUAGUUGGUGAUAGUAUCAAACACAGUCUAUAUUUGGUGACAAUAACAAACACAAGUCUAUAUUUGAUGAUAGUAACAAACACAAGUCUAUAGUUGGUGAUGGUAACAAACACAGUCUAUAGUUGGUGAUAGUAACGAAUAGAAUCUAUAGUUGGUGAUAGUAACAAACACAAGUCUAUAGUUGGUGAUAGUAACGAAUAUAAUCUAUAGUUGGUGAUAGUAACAAACACAAGUCUAUAGUUGGUUAUAGUAACAAACACAAGUCUAUAGUUGGUGAUAGUAACAAACACAUUCUAUAGUUGGUGAUAGUAACAAACACAAGUCUAUAGUUGGUGAUAGUACCAAACACACGUCUAUAGUUGGUGAUAGUAACGAAUAGAAUCUAUAGUUGGUGAUAGUAACGAAUAGAAUCUAUAGUUGGUGAUAGUAACAAACACAGUCUAUAGCUGGUAUUAGUAACAAACACAAGUCUAUUGUUGGUGAUAGUAACAAACACAAGUCUAUAGUUGGUGAUAGUAACAAACACAUUCUAUAGUUGGUGAUAGUAACAAACACAAGUCUAUAGUUGGUGAUAGUAACAAAUACAAGUCUAUAGUUGGUGAUAGUAACGAAUAGAAUCUAUAGUUGGUGAUAGUAACAAACACAGUCUAUAGCUGGUAUUAGUAACAAACACAAGUCUAUAGUUGGUGAUAGUAACAAACACAAGUCUAUAGUUGGUGAUAGUAACAAACACAUUCUAUAUUUGGUGAUAGUAACAAACACAAGUCUAUAGUUGGUGAUAGUAACAAACAUAAGUCUAUAGUUGGUGAUAGUAACGAAUAUAAUCUAUAGUUGGUGAUAGUAACAAACACAGUCUAUAGCUGGUAUUAGUAACAAACACAAGUCUAUUGUUGGUGAUAGUAACAAACACAAGUCUAUAGUUGGUGAUAGUAACAAACACAUUCUAUAUUUGGUGAUAGUAACAAACACAAGUCUAUAGUUGGUGAUAGUAACAAACAUAAGUCUAUAGUUGGUGAUAGUAACGAAUAUAAUCUAUAGUUGGUGAUAGUAACAAACACAGUCUAUAGCUGGUAUUAGUAACAAACACAAGUCUAUUGUUGGUGAUAGUAACAAACACAAGUCUAUAGUUGGUGAUAGUAACAAACACAUUCUAUAGUUGGUGAUAGUAACAAACACAAGUCUAUAGUUGGUGAUAGUAACAAAUACAAGUCUAUAGUUGGUGAUAGUAACGAAUAGAAUCUAUAGUUGGUGAUAGUAACAAACACAGUCUAUAGCUGGUAUUAGUAACAAACACAAGUCUAUAGUUGGUGAUAGUAACAAACACAAGUCUAUAGUUGGUGAUAGUAACAAACACAUUCUAUAGUUGGUGAUAGUAACAAACACAAGUCUAUAGUUGGUGAUAGUAACAAACAUAAGUCUAUAGUUGGUGAUAGUAACGAAUAUAAUCUAUAGUUGGUGAUAGUAACAAACACAGUCUAUAGCUGGUAUUAGUAACAAACACAAGUCUAUAGUUGGUGAUAGUAACAAACACAAGUCUAUAGUUGGUGAUAGUAACAAACACAUUCUAUAGUUGGUGAUAGUAACAAACACAAGUCUAUAGUUGGUUAUAGUAACAAACACAAGUCUAUAGUUGGUGAUAGUAACGAAUAGAAUCUAUAGUUGGUGAUAGUAACAAACACAAGUCUAUAGUUGGUGAUAGUAACAAACACAAGUUUAUAGUUGGUAAAAGUUACACCCAUACGUUUUUAGUUGAUGAUAGAUACACACAAGUUAUAAGAAAAGUCAUUUUAAUUAAAUUUUUUUUUGUAAGAUCAGGUGUUUACACAAUAUAUUGUUUUUAACGAACCACGUCAUUUUGUGAUCAGCAGUUCUGUGUGAGUGUUGAUAGUGAAAUAGUUGGAGUAAACGAUUUUAUUGUAGACAUCUAGACCCUGGUUCAUUAUUAUUGUAUUACUAUAACACCAGCCUUAAACUAAAACAGUGGAGUUUCACUUCACUGAGCCUGAAAUAUACAUGGAACAAUGGCUCAUCUGACAGGGAACGAAUGGGAACAUACACGGAACCAUGAGUUUAUGUUUGGACACAAAACUUGAUCCAGGAAAAAAAUAUACUCCAUCCAUUUAUGAGUUGUAAUCACCUUAAGAAAAAAGUGAGCCGCAUCUGGCCAAUAAGAUGUACAGUGAUAUGUCAGUUUCAUAAGAUAUGUCAGGUUUGAUUAUUCAUACUUUGAGUAAACUAUUUGCUACAAUGUUAUCUCCCCUAAUUCAUGCUGCAUUUUUUUUUUCCCUCUGCACCUAAAACAACGGCAAAGACGAUUUCCAGACAUUCACCAGCAACUGGCUUAUUCCCUCACUCCCCCAUCACUCCCUUCCCCCGUACACACGAGCCUUGGUCAUUAGAAUAAUUCCAGCAAGAGAACAUCACAAUUACUGCUGUUAGCCCUGUAGUAAAGCAAUGGGUGUGUCUGUCAUCAUGGUACAAUUAGGUGUCACUUGUGUUUACCAUGUCGUAAACCAAUUGGUGUGUUUGUCAUCAGGGUACGUUUGGGUGUCACUUGUGUUUAACCUGUAGUGAAUCAAUUGGUGUGGUUUUCAUCAUGGUACACUUAGAUGUCACAUGUGUCUACACUGUAGUAAGCUAAUUGGUGUGUUUGUCAUCAUGGUACAUUUAUUUUACCAUGGACACAUUUUGAGAUCAAGCUAUCAAUCAACUAGUAGCCUUAAGUCAUCACGUGUGUUACGGUCUCACCUCACUAACAUCACCAUCUAAGAGUAACACACAUGCCAACCUCACAUUAAAGAUUGACAGUCUCGCAUUAAACACAUGACGGCCUCACAUUAAACACAUGGCAGCCUGACAAUUAAAACAUUAGAGCCUCACAUUAAACACAUAAAGAUCAGACAUUUAACACAUGAUAGCUGCACAUUAAACACAUGGUGGUCACAAAUUAAACAUAUGACAGCAGCACCUUAAACACAUGACAGCCGCACAUUAAACACAUGAAAUAAUUACAUUAAACAUAUGACAGCCGUACAUUAAACACACGAAAGCCUCAUAUUAAACACAAUAAAAUGAUGACAGCCUCGUUACACACCUAUAAUAUCCCUAUCAUAUCUGAUCAUAUAGGCUGUGUCAAGAACCAUUGACCUCAUAAAAGAGAAAGUGUAAAGGCACAUGUAAUCAUAGGCUGGAAAUGUAACAGUACGCAUAAUCAUAGGAAGGAAGUGUAAAAUUACAAAUAAUCAUAUGAUAAAAUUAUUACAUUAAACAUAAUCUUAGGGAGGAACUGCAACAUUAGGCAUAAUGAUAGGUAGGAAGUUUAAAGUACACAUAAUCAUAGGAUUUAGUGUAACAGUACCCAUAAUCAAAAAGAGGAAAUGUAAUAGUACGCAUAACCAUAGGGAGGAAGUGUAAAAGUAUAAAUAAUCGUAGGGAUGAAGUGUAACAGUACACAUAAUUAGGUGCGGAAUGUAACAGUACACAUACUUAGAUGCGGAAAUGUAACAGUACACAUAAUUAGGUGCGGAAAUGUAACAGUACACAUAAAAGUAGGGAGGAAAUGUAACAGUACACAUAAUUAGGUGCGGAAAUGUAACAGUACACAUAAUCAGAGAGAGGAAAUGUAAUAGUACGCAUAACCAUAGGGAUGAAGUGUAACAGUACACAUAAUUAGGUGCGGAAAUGUAACAGUACACAUAAUUAGGUGCGGAAAUUUAACGGUACACAUAAUUAGGUGCGGAAAUGUAACGGUACACAUAAUUAGGUGCGGAAAUGUAACAGUACACAUAAUUAGGUGCGGAAAUGUAACAGUACACAUAAUUAUAGGGAGGAAUGGAAUCUCCAAUUGGUCUGCAUUUAAAAAUUAAAAGGCCUUGGAAUGUGUUCUCAUGGCCGUUAAAAUCGACCUAUCUAUCUACAUUAAACCUACCGAUUCAUCAUUAGAUGUUCAGAUUUAAACACGGUUCUCAAGUUACAAUAAUCAGGGGUAAUUCACGUUUCAAGUAAAUAAAGAUUAACUUAAUAUAUUCAACACUACUGAUAACAACAGUCUCAAUACUUGCAAGCCUUGCAAGCACAACUUUACACUCGAAGUAGAGAUAUUUCUUCUCUGACGUCCUCUUAUAAAGUCUGCGCCUUUAUGUGUCAGCAAUUUACUACUAUAAGUAUAGAAACCUUGCCUCGUAAUGACACAAUCUUUUCCUUGGUCGAUUUUAAAGAGCUUGUCUAAGACACAGAAAGAUUGACAAUGUACAUCAGUGUGUCAACAAAACAAUCCAGAUGGCAAGAUUAAAAAAAAAAAACUAAGUUUUUAAUUGCUACCAAAGCCUGAAAAUAAAAACGAAUAUCCCUGUAUAAAAUCUCUGUGUCUCCAUUGUUCAGUGCAGCAUGAGCUAUUUCAAAGCUGCUCAGGCAAGAGUGGUUCUCAAUUCGUUUACUGAAAGAUCUUAGUUUUCAAUCACAUUUCUCGAUAAAACGCAGCUUUUAAUUAUAAUCAUAUGCGAUCCAAGAUGGAAUCGCCCCAACUUCUUACACAUGCUUUAUUUAACAUUCUCAAAACCUGUUGGUUAAAAAUAGUUUCCGGCCAAACCCAAGACAAGCAUGGAGUCGUAGAAAUGAAAAUGUUUUUAGAACUGAUUACUAUUUCCCUUUUCAACAAGCACCUACGGAGUUAUCUUCUCCUUGCACGUGAAUUCGGGAGUCCACCUUUAUACCAGUGGUUCUCAACAUUCCUAAUGCCGCGACACUUUAAUAAGUUCCUCAUGUUGUGAUGACCCCCUCCCCCCCCCCCACCCAAACCAUAAAAUUACUGUCGUUGCUACUUCACAAAUAUGUGUUUUCUAAAAGUCUUAGGCGAACCCUGUGUAAGGGUCAUUCGACCCCAAAAGGAAUCGCGACCCAAAGGUUGAGAAUUGCUUCUUUAGACUUUAUUUAGUUAUUUAGAGAAUGCCUACUCCUCAUCAGUGGAUCUUUUAUUUUAUACUUGACUCUUCAAGAAGUACGGUAACAUUUCGCGCAUAGCCAGGUAAUCCACUCCAAUCAAAACACCGGCCUAAUGUGUGCACUUUUACUGGGGAAACUAUGGCAGGCCAAUCAAAACACCGGCUUAAUGUGUGCACUUUUACUGGGGAAACUAUGGCAGGCCAAUCAAAACACCGGCCUAAUGUGUGCACUUUUACUGGGGAAACUAUGGUAGGCCAAUCAAAACACGGCCUAAUGUGUGCACUUUUACUGGGGAAACUAUGGCAGGCCAAUCAAAACACCGGCGUAAUGUGUGCACUUUUACUGGGGGAACUAUGGUAGGCCAAUCAAAACACCGGCCUAAUGUGUGAACUUUUACAGGGGGAACUAUGGCAGGCCAAUCAAAACAGGGCCUGAUGUGUGCACUUUUACUGGGGGAAACUAUGGCAGGCCAAUCAAAACACCGGCCUAAUGUGUGCACUUUUACUGGGGAAACUAUGGCAGGCCAAUCAAAACACUGGCCUAAUGUGUGCACACUAACUGGGGUAACUAUGGCAGGCCAAUCAAAACACUGGCCUAAUGUGUGCACUUUUACUGGGGAAACUAUGGCAGGCCAAUCAAAACACUGGCCUAAUGUGUGCACUUUUACUGGGGAAACUAUGGCAGGCCAAUCAAAACACCGGCCUAAUGUGUGCACUUUUACUGGGGAAACUAUGGAGGCCAAUCAAAACACCGGCCUAAUGUGUGAACUUUUACUGGGGAAACUAUGGCAGGCCAAUCAAAACACUGGCCUAAUGUGUGCACUUUUACUGGGGAAACUAUGGUAGGCCAAUCAAAACACCGGCCUAAUGUGUGCACUUUUACUGGGGAAACUAUGGCAGGCCAAUCAAAACACCGGCCUAAUGUGUGCACUUUUACUGGGGAAACUAUGGCAGGCCAAUCAAAACACCGGCCUGAUGUGUGCACUUUUACUGGGGGAAACUAUGGUAGGCCAAUCAAAACACCGGCCUAAUGUGUGCACUUUUACUGGGGGAAACUAUGGCAGGCCAAUCAAAACACCGGCCUAAUGUGUGCACUUUUACUGGAGAAACUAUGGCAGGCCAGGGAAAAGAACGGUUUGCUUUUCUGGAAGCUCAGGCGGAAAGAAAGGCCAGACAGUCGGCACUACAGAUAGUCGGCAGUUCAGGCAGUCGGCAGUUUAGGCAGUCAGCAUUUUAGACAGUCAGCAAUUGAGACAGUCGGCAGUUUAGACAGUCGACAGUUUAGACAGUCAGCAGAUCAGACAUCGACAGUUUAGGCAGUCGGCACUCGAGACAGUCGGCAGUUCAAACGAAAACAAGUCGGCCUUCUUUUUUUCUUUUUUUUUUGAACAAUGGUUCCCAAAAUUCGAAAAAAAACUAAGUCACCAAAAGUCUUUUCAUAGCUUAUCGAUGUCUAUACGCUCUAACCCCAAGUCUGGGGCAUGAACAGUCCAGUGUCAAUGUUAACUAAAUACUACACAACAAUAAAACAUUGGUGUCAGCGACAAACUAACGAUGUACUCGGCCUUUUCAAUGGACCCAUUUCUAUCACCUGUUGGUGCUCACCGUAUUUUUCGGGACACUUGCCAAUAUUCUCUAAAUUCCGUUUGGCUUAUUUAGACGUUUUAUUUUCUAUAGGUCUGAUGUCCAUAGGUCAGGGGUUAUCAACAAGUAAUAAAGGGUUGGGGGGGGCGGAGGAUUUGGGGAAGGCACAGACAUUUUCUUUGCUGCCAUUCUCAUCUGUUGCCGCCAAAUGAAAUAAAUCGGGUUUUGUUGCAUUUUUUUUUAACGGCAGCAGAUUUUGUUUUGGUCAACUUUGUUUGCUCUAUAUUUGUAGUGGUCAGUGGAGUAGCCAGAGCUAGUGCCACCAGGGGCGAGUCAAACUGUUUCCCCCACCCCCUUCCUACCACCCCCAAAAAAACAAAACAAGAACAACAAAACAACAACUCCAAGUGGCUGAAAAUUCCGCCCCUCAAACAAACAAAACAACAACAGCGCCACAUGGGGUGGAACGUUGGCUCCACGCCCCUUUCACAUGCUACUGGAAGUACUUUUGGUUGCUUGUUUAUAGCAGGUGAUAUAGAAAUUACAAACGACCAUAAAAGCACGUGGCAUAGAGAUGACAAACUACCAUAUAGCACGUGAUAUAAAGAUGAAAAACUACCAUAUAGCACGUGACAUAAAGAUGGCGAACAACGAUACAGCAUGAGACUUAAAGAAGACCAACUAUCAGAAGUAAAUUAUUUAUUACAUUAUUACAAUAUUUUUGUAUCGGGGCCUGGGAGAGGUAACAGUGAAGAUCUUUCGACAUCGAGGUAAUGGGGACAGAGGGAAAGGCUUCCCAUUCAAUAGAUCAUGUGAGACCAAACGCUUGGAAUUUGCAGAGGAAUUGACCAAUCUGGAGAACAGCAAGCAAACUGACGUGCUGGUGAUGGACUUCUCAGGGGCAUUUGGCCGUGUCAAUCAGAGCUUGCUUCUACACAAACUGCAAAGAUGAUAUGGGAUCCAAGGCACUACUAAAACAUGGGUCUCUAGCUUCCUCAGCAACCGAUGCCAGGCAGUAGUGGUGGACAGCACAACCUCUUCCUUUGUAUUUGUUAAGUCAGGGGUCCCACGGGGCUCGGUGCUAGGCCCCUGUACGCAGGCUGACCUCCCAAGCAAGACUGUUCGCAGACGAUAUGGGGGUGUAUAGGACGAUCGCCAACAGUUCUUACCAGCACCAGCUACAACAGGACUUCCAUCAGUUAGCCGAGUGGGAGAUAAGCUGGGACAUGGAAUUUCAUCUCCUCAAGUGCCAGACCCUGUCAGUCUCCAGAAGCAGAUCCCCUCUACACCAUCUACACAGCCCUUACGAAUUGCAUUGCCAUAUUCUUGAGCCAACUUGCUCCGUAAGGUACCUCGAUGUUGCUAUUCAAAGAGAGGUCCACUGGGACGAGCACUUUAACAAUGUGUGCAACCGGGCAAACAAGACCCUAUGGUUCUCAUGGCGAAAUCUGAAGAUUGGCAAUUCAAGCGGGAAAUAAUUGCCUAUAAAGCCUUUUUUCGGUCGCUUUUAGAGUACGCAUCUUCAGUCUGGGACUCAUUCACCAAGAAGAACAUCGAAAGGUAGGAGGCGGUGCAGCGAAGGGCAGUACGCUUUGUCCUGAACUACAUCAGAAACACAUCAAGCGUUGGCAGAAUUCUGAAAACACUAGGUUGGUCACCAUUGAAAGAACGACGACGACUAUCCAGGCUCUCCGUCAUGUACAAGAUCAAAAAUGGUCUGGUCCACUGCUCCUGCAUUAAACAGAAACACGCCCCUCUCCCCCCCCCCUCCUAGACAGUGACGAGGCCAUGACAGGCAGUUCCGGCUAAUAAAAACAAGAACUCAGAACAGAAGCUCCUCAUUCCUGGCAAAGACAAUCAGCGACUGGAAUAAGCUUCCAAAAGCAACAGUUGAGGCGACUAUACUUGACCCAUUGUGUCUAUUGCCUCCUGUCUCCCCCCCCCGUUCACAUUACCAUUUCUGAGUAGCCCUUGAAACCAGUGGAGCAUCCCCUUCAAACAUGAAAGGGUUUGUGAUGUAACAGUUACAUCGCAAACCCCUCUGAAACAUAGGGGGCCAGAUUCCUGGCAAAGACAAUCAGCGACUGGAAUAAGCUUCCAAAAGCAACAGUUGAGGCGACUAUACUUGACCCCUUGUGUCUAUUGCCUCCUGUCCCCCCCCCCCCCGUUCACAUUACCAUUUCUGAGUAGCCCUUGAAACCAGUGGAGCAUCCCCUUCAAACAUGAAAGGGUUUGUGAUGUAACAGUUACAUCGCAAACCCCUCUGAAACAUAGGGGGCCAGAAUGCUCAACACAUUGAUCUUGGGCCCUCAAAAUAUAGAAGAAGAAGAAGGGUUUGACGGGGGACAGGAGCUUCCGUGCUGAAACAACAGAACUAGAUCAUUUAAUCUAUUGAACUUCUUCAUGUCACAUUUGUCAUUCUCAGAUGAGGACAGCCCCGGCCCCCAGACCUAUGACGUCAAAUUCGACUUUCUGGGAAAACCCGUUGGAAAAACAAUAGCGGGCAAGUCAACGCUAAAACCAGGUGGGCUAUGUAUUUGAUCUGUUGUAUUCUCUUUCUCUCUUUUUCUCUCUAUGUCUCUCUCUUUCUCUCUCUUUCUCUCUAUUUCCCUCUCUCUUUCUCUCUCCCUCUCUCUGUCUCUCUUUCUCUCUCUAUCUCUCUCUCUCUAUCUCUCUUUUCUCUCUCUCUCCCUCCCUUUCUCUCGCUCUCUCUCUCCCUCCCUUUCUCUCUCUUUGUCUUUCUCUAUUUCUCCCUCCCUCUCUACCCUCUUUCUCUCUCUUUCUCUCUCUUUCUCUCUCUCUGUUUCUCUAUCUCUCCCUCCCUCUCUCCCCCUCUCUUUCUCUCUCUCUCUAUAUAUAUAUAAAUAUGUGUGUGUGUGUUUGUUUGUGUGUCUGUGUCCCUCUCUUGGCCUCUGUCUCUCAUUCACUAUGUUUCCAAUAAUCUGCCUCUCUCUCCCUAUUUCUCUAUGCCUCCCUCUAUCUCCCCAUUUCUCACUGUUUCUCCCUAUUUCUGUCCCCUCUUUCUCUCGAUCCGCCCAUUUUUUUUCUUUCUCUCUCUAUUUCUCUCUCUAUCCCUAUUUUCCACUCUCCCUAUUUCGUUCUCUCUCCCCCUACCCCCCUCUCUCUCUUCUCCCACCCCCCUCUCUCUGUAUCUCUAUCUUAUGAUCAAACGAGUAAGGAAGGAUUCAAAGAAACAAACCACGUGACGAGUCAAUUUAAACAGCUGUGUGCCAAGUUAGAUAAUUCCGUUAUUUCAAGGAACUCCUAGAAAACCUGAGUUACCGCCCUUCCUUCAACAUUUGAGAAUAAUCUUUCGACUCCAUUCAGUUUAAAUCUCUUGAAUUCAGUGCUGUCAGCACACAAUUUAUUAGGUAUAAGUAUGUUUCCUUUCUUCAAUACUACGCCAGUCAAUUAUUGCACCCGCCUCAUAGUGUCUCCAUUUUCCUGUUUUUGUUUCAGAGAUCUCCGACAGUCCUGGUCCGAUGGCUUACGAUGUGACCCAAUUCCCCAGGAGGUGCGCCCAUCCGAUGGGUCCGUCUGUCAGCAGCCGACACACCCCUAAUAAGUACCUGGGGAUGAAGAACACGGCGCUCAUCCCCAAACAGCCUAGAAAUUUUCCAACAGCUCCUCUAUUGGGGUGACCUGCUGAGCAUCUCUCAUCGGGUGAACAAUGUUACCACGCUGAGAACCUCUAUUGGGGUGAAAAAUGUUACCACGCUGAGCACCUCUAUUGGGGUGAACAAUGUUACCACGCUGAGCACCUCUAUUGGGGUGAACAAUGUUACCACGCUGAGCACCUCUAUUGGGGUGAACAAUGUUCCCACGCUGAGCACCUCUAUUCGGGGGAACAAUCUUGCCCUAUUUUUUCAUUUAGCUUUUGAUCAAUAUUUUAAAAUUUUUGAAUAUCUAGCUUUGCGGUAAAUUUACUGUUGGGAUGGGAAUGUGCACAAACGGUUCUCCACUCACGAAGUGAUGAGGUACAUUAAAUGACGGUUCUCAAGUAGUAGAAAAUAGAUGGGCUAUCUCAAGUUUGUUGAAGUCUCUAACAUAUCUUUUUACAAUGUAAAUUAACCCCUUGAUCUUGACGAGAAAAUCUUUCAUUGGGUAACUUUUAAUUAAUAAAAAGACGCACACAGUCUUUGGUAUGUUUCAACUCUACCAAUGUAAAAGAACAUUUUACAAUGAAAAGAUACUAUUUGAUUUGUAGAUACUUAUAAGUUUUGAUACACAUAAUAUAUUCUACAAAAUGUAAUCGCUUACCUUAUAUGUGAGUUGUACAACUCAUUUCGUUUUGAUAAAAGUUGUACACAACAAUAACUGAAAUCGAUUAAAUAAAAAUAA